CCGGAAGUGAGGAAGCGGCGGCGGCAGCAGUAAUAGCAACAAGCAGCUGCCUACGGCCGCCGCCGCCGCCGCCUCUGUGAGGGUUUCUCUCUCUCGCUUGCUCUCUCCCCCCACCCCCGUUUCCCUCCCCCCUCUUUUUCUUCCCUGUGUACGGGAGCCGAGAGGGGCCCCGCGCCCGUGCGCGAAGGUGGGCCGACCGGGCUCCUCGCUUUCGCUUCCCAACCUGAGGGGUGGCCGAGGAGGCUUGUGACGGGAGGAGAGAGAGAGGGGGAAAUGCGGCUCCGCCGCCAGCAGCUCUGCCCGGACGCGACGCUUCCGCCACAGCCCCCUCCUCCGCCGUCUCCUCCUCCUCCUCCCUCCUCGCCCUCUUCCCCUCACGCCAUCGUCAGCGGGGGCCACGGACUAGCGGAGCCCCCUCUUCCAGUCCCGUCAGUAUGAGGCCGGCCGAGACCCCCCGCCAGCGCCGAACUCCGGUAAAAGGAUCCAGGGGGGUGAUGAUUCAGUCUGGGUCGGUUAUGGGGCAGCCCUUCUCUCUCCUCUCCGUGGGCGGGGGCUGCAUUGGCACUCGGGUAACACACUUCACACACUUAGCGCGCUCGCUCUCUCACAUACACACAAUAUGCACACACGCACUUCUCACGGGAGGCUCCUCUUACUUCCUCCCCAUGAAAUUGUUACUUAUGAUUCUGCCCCCCACCCACCCAAAAAAAGAGAGGUUGGUGCCCAAGAGAGGUGGGUGGGUGGGGGGAGCCCUCUUCUAAGCAGGGCCUCUCGCCUUGCCAACCCCAGGGGCAGCCUGGGAUGUUUCUGCACCUUUUCCGGAUACUUUUUUUUGGGGGGGGGGGGAAUCCCAGAUGCCUUUGCAUAUUUAUACACUUUUCUUUUAUCGUAUGCUUUCUGGUAAACACACACACAUAUAUAUCAAAGCUUCCUUCUGAUGCAGUGCUGUCAUUUUUUGUCUAAUUCAAACCUCUUUGGAAUGUGAUUCGUUGGACAAGGGCUUUCUCUACUUGCUACUCUAUGAGUCUUCCUCUCAAUUUCUGCCUCUGUUUAUCUCUCUUUCUCUCACCCUCCACCAACCUUCUUCCUGUGGUGUUUUGCUCUCCUCUUCAUGUUUGUUCAGAAACUAAAUAUCAGCAGGACUUACUCCCCCUGUAAGAUUGCAGCCUUAGAGGCAGGGUCAAGAUGUCAUUGUAGGUGUUUCGUGGCCGACUUCCGCAGGGUUUUAAUUAUAGGACAGUCCUAAUCAUUCUGUUGGAGAAGAGUAGUUGUGAAAAAUACCCGGUGAUCUUGUGACACCUUAAAGGCUAACAAAUGUGCCUUAGCAUAAUCUUUUGUGGUCUGAGAACAUGUGUCAGAAAAAUCUAGACCCCAGGUCCUGCAAGAGUCUCAUUGGUUAAGGAGUUGAGGCCUACAGAUCUCACAGAUGACUCCCCCCAAAAUCCACACUUUGGCAAUGCCUUUAUUGGGACCAACCAUAAUGUUACAAAAGUGUGACAAGUUUUUGAGUUCUCCGGAGCUUGUCAUCAGGCAGGAUGUUCUGUAGAACUCAAAAACGUGUCAUGCUUCUGUGAAAUUUUGGUUCGUCUCAAAAAAGGUACUGCCCAAAUGUGGAUUUUGAAGGGUUUUUUUAUAUUAUUUGAAGGCAUAUGCUACAGUAUAUUUGUCAAUCAUGAAGGUGCUUUAGGAUUAUUUGUUCUUUUAUAUCUUGCCACUCUCCAUUCUUGGUACAAUAUUGGCAGGUAUUCUUGGAUUUACCAAGGUAUUUUGCUGUGAAUUUUUACUCGCACUUUAUUUCAAAUCCUGACUUGUUAUAAAUUAAAAUUCACAUUGGUCUCUGGUGUUAAUUUUUCGCAUUUGUUUCUUUUGAGGUCCAGCCUUCACUUGACCACCCUGUAUUUCAGAUGGACAUGUUUAACUAGUCACUGUGUUUUGACUAUUGUGUUUAUAAAAGGGAAGUCCCUUAGAAUAUUGCCUGAUACAGUUUUCUUAUCAUAAUUUGAGCACAUGCAUUAGUCAUGCUGGCCACAUGACCCGGAAGCUGUACGCCGGCUCCCUCGGCCAAUAAAGCGAGAUGAGCGGCGCAACCCCAGGGUCAGGCACGACUGGACCUAAUGGUCAGGGGUCCCUUUACCUUUAUCCAUUUUUUGAAGGAAGCUCACCUUGAAAACGUGUGCAGGCAAAGAAGACUUUUCCCCCCAUUUGAGGCCUUGGAGAAAUCUCCAGUCCCAAAGUACAGUACUAAACACAUCAGCCUAGUUUAUUCUUCCAUAAAGUACUAUUGAUGUUCUUCUCAAUGAGAUGGUAGAUACACUGAUGCUCUGGAUGGAUCUCUCUCUCUCUCUCUCUCUCCCUCUCUUCCACCCUCUCUCCCGCUUUCCCCUCCAGUGUGGUAUUGACAUUUUUCUGGUAAGUAAGUGGUUAGUUGAACAGGUCUUCUUUUGAACAUGUAGGGGGAAAACUGAAAGACCAGUUCCUCACCCAUUCCUGCCUUCUGUGUGUGUACUAGUAAUUUUACAGUUAGCCAGCUGACAAUCUGUAUAUGUUUUAGUUUCAGGGCCCAGUUGUUUAAAGUACUUAAAUAAAAAAUUGGCUGCGGUAGUUCAGCUCAUAAUUCUUUGUUGUGCAUAUCUCAGGAAUAUGGGUUUUCUGUACAAUGUUCUGAUGGCCUCUAUUGGUUAGAAUCUAAUUUAGAAUAUAUGACUUGUAAUUUAGUAAACAAAACCCAUGCUUUGUUUACACAUGCUAUACAAAUGUCUUGAGGUUUUUCCCCUCGGUAACUAAAAUUAAAUCAAUUAAAAUAUUUGAUUAGAAAUAAUAUAUUUCCCUUAUUCUGUCCUUGUUUGCAUGCAGUGCUUAACCAUAGUGUAUGAACACUUGGCUCUUCCCUUUCUGCUGACUGUCCCCAUGUAAGGGAUGAAACAAGCCUCAUUCUGGCUUGUCAUAAUGGGCAAAGCUGGCAUUUCUACCUUUGUGUUUGUUUGGAGAGAAAUAGCCAUGAGUACUCAUUUGCACAAGCAAACCCUGCUCAAGACAAGCUUGACUCUUUCUUAUUUCUCUCCCUUUGCACAACAAAGACAGGAGUAGGGAAGCAAAAGCACUCAUACAUGUUAACCUAUAGUUUAUUUGUAUUUGAAGUUGUGGUUUCACAGUGUUUACAAAUCUGGGAAUUAUUUACAUUUUAUGGAAAGUUUUGAAGACUUAAACAGAUGGUGUAAUACUAUUAGCAUGCUUAAAGAAUGGUACAUUAUAUCUGUUUCUUGAGGGACAGUCAACAAAAAAAUGUUAAUGGCAACUUUUGAACUUCCUAAAUUGUUGUAAUAAUUUAGUUACUAUAAAACUGUUUUUAUAAUAAAUUCCCCAACCCCCAUAGAUACCUCUCCACCUUACUGGCAUUCCUUGCCUUUUCUCAUUAUCGUUCUUUUAAAAAUGCUUGAAUUUUUACAGCAGUCUUUUACUCUAGCAAACAUUUUAAGCAGUGAUCAGGAGACCUUCUCUGACAUUAGGCCUGCGUUGAGUUCUGUAGCUCAUGCAUUUAAGAAUAAAUAAGAGACUGAGAACAACAUUUGAAAUAGCCUUUUAUUUUGGAGGACUGUUGACUAAAUCCGUCAGAAUUAAAAUGAUGCAUAAAAUAGUUAAGAUGAAUGCUUGACUUUAAAUCAGUUUGGUUCCAGUGAUUUCAACAGAAUUCAGCAUGAGGCUGAAACUGCAGCUUUCUAUCUGUAAAACUGGUGCACCUUCACUCCCCUACCACUGUGGUGCUACUAAUGAAAGUGGGAUAUUACAGUGCUCCAAGUAAAUACAAUAAUUUUGAAGAUAAUUUGAUCCCAGAAUAAUACAGGAAUACAAAACUGACCUGCUUUUUAAAAAAUGUGUAUCUUCUAGUUAUAUUAAAAUUCAGCUCUAGCUGGUACAAAAAUGAAGGGUGAUAUCUAACUAAGCUUUUCUUAGAGUACACCUAUUGAAAUUGGUAUAAGUCUAUUGAAAUUGGUAGUCUAGUGAAUUCAGUGAGCACAAUUUGAGUAUGACUAACACCAGAUAUCAACCAAACAAUUUUAGUUCAUUUUGCACUAUUAAAGAGACUUGGUUUGUAUGUGAGAGAUGCUGUAUGUCAGGAAUCCCAAACUUCAUUUGCAGAGUCUAUGUUUAACAGUACAAAAUUGUACAGUGCUCAGAUACACAGUACUCACACAAUACAUGGAUUGCAUUUUGUUAAAAAUAUUUUCAGACCCUUUUCCUUUUUCAUUGCUUUGAAGUGGACUGCUGUGUUUGCUAUGUAACUCCUUGAGAGUGGAGUGGGUAGGGCUGGCCCAAGACAUUUUGGCACCUGAGGCAAACCACACAAUAGUAACCUCCUCCCCACCAGGGAAGAAGUGGUGAAUGAAGAUCUACAUCAUGAGCAGGGGGUGGGGUGGGGAUAAAGAUCUAUAUUGGGAUCUGCUGCCCCUAUGGGUCCUGCUGUCAGAGGCAGUUGCCCACCUUGCCUCAUGGAUGGGCCAGCUUUGACUGUGGGUAUGGAUUUGGAAUGUAUUUAACCAGACAUUGGGAUAUGCAGACAUUAUGUUACUGAGUAGUUCGAAGUAGUCUAAUGUCAGUUUUAGCAAUUAUCUUUAAGCACCCCCAGUCCUAAAUGUAUUUUUCAGGAAACCAGUUACAUUGUUCAGCUGGAACUUCAGCGCAGUUUGUUUGGAGCUUGAAACAUUAUUAUUUAUUAAAUUUAUAUCUUGCCCUUCCUGUAGUGGAAUCCAGCCCAAAGGAAAAUGUGUGGCUCAAAUUAAUCUGUUUUGACCUUCCUCUCCUACACGGGAAAUGAAUUCCUAUUGCUAUUGGCUGCUUACACCGCUGUAGUCAUGCUGUAGUAAAUGAAUCACUCUUGUUUACUACAAAUUAUAUGUCUCCACCUUUCUGGCAUGGAGGCCUGGAUCUCUCAGUGGAUUAUUCUAAUAAAUGCUUUUUAUAUCCACUAAGUAUUUCAGAUUGCAUUGCAUUGCUUUGUACUCUCAACAUAAAGGGAGUUUGUGUCAUUUUGGAAAUAAAAUUCUCCCUCCAAAAUUGGUAUGUAAGUAUGUAAAUACUUAGUGCAUCUGCAUCUGGCUUUAUGUUUGUGAAGGGAUUGCCAAUUGCCACCUCCUAAUGUAGAUUGCUUAACAGGUUUCCUUUAUUAACAAUGUUAACCUUGAAGAUGGUUUGGAAGCUGCAACUGACAUAGAAAGCCACUACCUGUGUGUUGUCAGGGACAAUGUCAGAGAGAUAUGCCAAGCCGAAUUCAAGGGGUUGGUACUAAUAUAUAAAGCCCUAAACAGCUCAAGCUCUAAGUAUAUAAAGGGUCAGUGCCUCCCAGUACCAGCCAACCAGAGUUUAAGAUUUGAAGUGGGGAGAGGCUUUGGUACUAGUGCUGUUGAUGUGUUCUUGGGGCAACCACAUGAAGCAGUGCAUUCUCAGUGAUGGUACCCUGCUUAUGGAAAUUUGUCCAUUUAGAAAUCAGGUUGGUACCUACACUAGUUUUGUUUAGGUAUCAGGUAAAAACUUGUUUAUUCCUACAGGUCUCCAGCCUUAUGAUUGAAGACACUUGAAGUUAACACACAAAAACCCUGAGUAAAGUAUUAAUCUAGGGAUGCGGGUGGCGCUGUGGGUAAAAGCCUCAGCGCCUAGGGCUUGCCGAUCGAAAGGUCAGCGGUUCGGAUCCCCGCGGCGGGGUGCGCUCCCGUUGCUCGGUCCCAGCGCCUGCCAACCUAGCAGUUCGAAAGCACCCCCGGGUGCAAGUAGAUAAAUAGGGACCGCUUACUAGCGGGAAGGUAAACGGCGUUUCCGUGUGCUGCGCUGGCUCGCCAGAUGCAGCUUGUCACGCCGGCCACGUGACCCGGAAGUGUCUCCGGACAGCGCUGGCCCCCGGCCUCUUGAGUGAGAUGGGCGCACAACCCUAGAGUCUGUCAAGACUGGCCCGUACGGGCAGGGGUACCUUUACCUUUUUAAAGUAUUAAUCUAUAAGCGAAAUGGAUGUUACCAGCAUCACCUGCCUAAAUUGCUGUGUUAUACCUGUUGCAAUAUAUUCAUUGUGUAUUUGUAGUUUUAAAUGUAAUUUUUAAGACAUUUUGUUAGCAUGGUUUUAUUAGAAAUGUUAGCCACUCUGGGAACUUUCAGAAGGAAGAACGGCAUAUAAGAAAACAACAACAACAAUAAUAAAUAUGAAUGUCUUCAUUUAAUAAGACAUAGCAGCUUAGAGAUAAAUUUACAGGACUAAAAUAAAACCCAAAAUUUGGUCAAAAAGGCAUAGACGUGUAUUUCUCUAAAAUUUUAGACUAAAACCGUUUACAGCUCAUAUAUUUAUUGAAAGGUUUUUGCUAUCCAGUCAUACCUUGGUUCUCAAACAGAAUCCGUUCUGGAAAUCUGUUUGACUUCCGAAAACAUUCGAAAACCAAGGUGCAGCUUCCGAUUGGCUGCAGGAGCUUCCUGCACUCAAUUGUAAGCUGCGUUGGAGGUUCAGCUUCCAAAAAACAUUUGCAAACAGGAACACUCACUUCCAGGUUUGUGGCAUUUGGGAGCCAAAAUGUUCAAGUCAUAAGGCGUUUGAGAACCAAGGUACAACUGUAUACCGCGAAACCUGGAAAGAUCGAGCAUAGCAGGCGUCAUUUGAAGGGAAUUUAUUACAUGAAGGGUGGGGACUGGAUCUGGCCAGCGGGCUUGAUCCUUAUCUAUCUUAUCCCCCAAAUUUGACAGAUAGACAAGGCCAUCCACCUGUCAGUCACCUGAUGUGCCAAUGGAAUUGGGUGACAGUGCUUUGAAGUCCCAAAAAUCAGCUGAUGGUUUGGAAUUCAAAGCAAGGUGCAAAGAAAGCUCAUCAAAGGAGAGACCUGCUGCUGAUAAAAACUGAGCUCCCUUGAAGAAUUCAAAGAAAGGUUUCUCUUGUCCUCAGACUAAGUGGUGGUUCUCAUGCUUGAUCUGUCUGAAUUACCCGUAUUUUUCGCUCUAUAACACGCACCCGACCAUAACACGCACGUAGUUUUAGAGGAGGAAAAUCCGUAGGCAUGCCACCUGUAGGCAUUUCCUCCAUAACAUGCACAGACAUUUCCCCUUACUUUCUAGGAGGAAAAAAGUGAGUGUUGUGGUGCAAAAAAUACGGUAAUUCUGUACUCAGGAUUACUUUUUGGUAAACUUCAAGCGUCUUCAGUCAUAUAAUUUUGGGAAGUGCACCUGUAUAUGCUGCACACACAGGUUUGUCCUAUUCAUACUUGACAUAAUCUAAAAGUUAUAAGAAGGAAGAUAAUUAAGUGAAUUAGCUGCUACUAUGAAAAUAAAACUUGAUUUGCUUCUCCGUCUCAUGGAGUUGGUAUAAGGGUCAGAUGACAGAAACCCAUAUAAGCUGCCUUCAGUGUCUGGGAGAUACACACACACACACACACACACACACACACAUAUAUAACCUAUCUCACCUGAGAAUGAUAUACAAAAUCCAGUUUAAAAAAAUCUUGUCUAAUUUGGUAGCUUGGUACUCUUAUCUGCUCAGUUGCUUUGGCACUGUAGCAUUUCUCUUUGUUCUGAACACAAACCGAACUGUGGUUUGACUGCCUUGAAGAAACACUCAGGACAAUGUAUUCUGCACACAGCUGUUUGUUGUACACUCAUUAAAGAGAGGAGUAGGCAUUGUAUUGUAACCCUCCACUCUUUGUAGGAGGUCUCCAGGGCAGCAUUUCUGUGAAAGAGGUAGACAUUUAGAAGUGCAGUAAUCCACUUGUUCUCCCUUUCCUGUAUGUGUAUUAUGAUUGCAUGGAUAAAAAAAGGGAAUGCAAACUGCUGAGGUGAGUUUUCUGUUUGCUACAUGCAGCACUAGGAGUUCUGUGUAGUUCUGUGAUAAUCUCAACAGUUUUUAUUGGGUUAGAUCUAGACAUCACCAUCCACAAAUGGAAGGACUUCUUCCAUUCAUGGAAGAGGCUGAGAUCCAGCAGAGGCUGUUGCUAGAGCAGGGGAUGAUUUUAACUGAUGCCCCUGGCUCUACUUCCUGUAAUGUUUUGGAAGCCCCACAGACCCUCACAGAACUGCUUUUAUGGAAAUGCAGAGGGAAUGAGAAAUUGGUAUGAAUAUACCCUUCCUCCCCCCUGCAGGUAGUUUGGUUCCAAGUAAUUGUGUGAUAUGAUCUUAUGUGGCAUUGAAUAUAGACCUUUAACCAUUGGACGAGGGGGAAAGUACUGUCAUGUGACUAAAACAGUAUGGCGGUGUCACUUCAUUGAUCUCAGGGCUCAGUGAUAUAAAUGUUUUCUCAAGGUAAUUUUUUUUUAGAGUUUUUUGCUUGCAAGGUUAUUCCUUUGUAGUUUGGUGAGGGAAUCUGCUUAUUAGUACUUCAUGUGUGUUGUGUAGUCCUAGUUUACUCCUACAGUUAUGAGGAGUUGGAAAAGCACAGCAAACUCCACUACCCAAAGAAGGCCCCUGAGUUAAGUCUGUAAGAAGCUGUGUAUGUUAAUUCCUAAGCAUCUGUAAUUUAGCAAGUGCUAAGUCGGGUGAAGCUUUUUCUAGAUACUGGUAUACCAUGGAAGCGCACCAUAUUAUUUUUGUCUUUGGAUGAUGGAUGGCAAAACGCAAAUUUGCAAUUAAGGUGCAUGAUGAUAUCAUAUUCAUCUGGCUAAUGCAGCAGCCUUUCUUAUUUUGCCUUCCUGGAUCCUAAGUUCUUGAUGAUGCUACAGAGUUAUUUCUUACAUUGACACCACUCCAUAAAUUCUUAUUGGCCAGCUAAAAUUCAUUGCCAAAAUGUAACUGCAUAAAAGCAGUUGCUUUUCAAUACUGGAUCCGUUCACCUGCAGUGGGGAACUAUGGUUUGAAUAUUCAUGUGCAACCUUGGGCUCCUGUGCUUCUUCUCCCUGCCCUGGAUGCACCUGUUCCAGCUCUCAUUUCCUGGUUUGAUCAAAACAUAGUUGGCUGUUGUGUCCAAAUUAGGCAAAAUGUGGCCUCAUCAAGUCGGAAAGUGAAAAAGGGAAUUUGCCCAGAGAAGGGACAGGGAAGUGCAUAAGUUCAAGCUCUGACAUGAAUAUUUAAAUUUUAAAGUGAGAGAAUUGAAGGAUAUGAGGAGGGUGCAAAGUGUAAGCCCAAUAUUCCAGCACAAACAGCCAAACAAUUGUUUUGCAUUAUGUGUAAAAGGGGGUGUAAAGCCUGCUUGGUUUGAUUGUCUAGGGCCAAGGUGCUCUGCCCCCCUUUACAGUGCCAUGACCAAAUAACCCUUAGAGCUGGGAAAGAGGCAGGGAUUGCUCUGCAGCUUCCAGGCUACUUCCCAACCACUGCUGUAGCUUCCAGGUGAGACAGCUGGGGCUCAUCACACCUGCCAGAGGUGGCGGUACACUCACCAAGGCAAUAAGAAUUAUGGAAGACACUUGCUAAUGCUGUUUGGUUUUGGUAACUGUAUAAACUUGUGUAAUGAUGUUUGGUGGCAGUAAACCACUGUCUGGGGGAAAAUGGUUUCAGAAAGCAAGAUGAACUCUGAUUAUCAAUUUAUUUUGUGGUAUGUUGAUGAUGAUGAUGACGCAAAAGCAAAAAUCCUAAGAAAAUAAAUAUGACUCAAAUGUGUAGACCCAUUCUUUGACAGUUGACCUGAAUUUGUACUAACUUCAUUUGUCAGUUAGCACCUUUAUGUUUUUUACACCAAGAGAUAUGUCUGUGUCUCUAGAGUUCAUAACCUAGCACAAAUCUGAACUUGACUUACUAAAAACAAUCCAACUAUGAUCCUCUUGGCUUUGGUAAAAUCCUAAAGCUAAUAAAGUAGAGCUGUUUGUGAUUAAUACAUCUUUUGCUCAUACGUUUCUGAAACAGACUAAAUAUUUUAGUUUGAUAUGCAAUUCAUAAUGCCUUUAAAUUGGAUUUCAUGAUCUGUAUAAUUAUGUGCAGUAACUUGCUGUAGUGUUCAUGGAGUUAACUGUGUAAGAUGAGGCUUGUAGACUUGGCUAGAUCUCUUUAUCUGUAUUUAAAAGAUUGAUCUAUUGAAGUAGAACGUAAAUAAGGUUCAGAAGUUUGUACUGCUCACUCUUUCAAUUAAAAUAAACAUACCUGUUCCAUUUUGCAUGUAUAAACUUGCAGUUAACCUGUUGGAACAGCUAACCAUUAGAAGCGGGUAUCAUAUUUCUCAAGGUAUGCACAUAAAAGGGUGCAGGUGGAGAUCAGUGAUCAAUAUUUAGGACUUUUAAAUGAUAUUUCUUUUAAAUGAUAACAUUUAUUAUUAUUUCUAUUUGUAGUGUGCUAGCCUAACAGUUAACCAGUGCCUCCCACCAAAUCCAAGAAUAAGUACUUGAUCAUCUGGUUUAGCAGAAUGGGAGCGUUAAGUGGCUGCACCAUCAGUAUUACUCUUACAUGUUGCUACUUGUGGUUAUUAAAUUAGAUUAGUUCUGGAAAUGUGCCCUUGUGAUAGGUCUGGGGUGGGAGCAGAUGCCCUUGGACUCUUCUCUCCCUUCUUGGAAAUUUGGAAGGGUUCUUCUGACAGCUGCUACAAGGCACAGUGAUACAGCCAAGUGCUUCCCUCCCAAUUCUGUGCAUGCAGAAGACUCUACUACUGUAUAUCUAUACCUACAGUUUCCUAAUUUUAGAAGUGUGCUAGUGGUUAGUGCAUUUGUUCCUAGGUUUCAGAAAUAGGAUAGAAUAUGGAUGAAUAUCUUAUAGACAGAUGUUUGGCUAAAGUUGACAUUUUGUAAACCAAGUUUAAGAUUGUGCUAUUGCUUUUAUUCUUCCUUGAACCCCUCAAAUUGUUCUUGUGGGCAUGAGAUGCCUGGAGAAAAUGUUGAGUUGAGUGUAUUAGAAAGGUUUGUUUUUAAGGAAGGUAGCAUAAUACAAUAUUAGUGCAAAGGUAAGAAGGAACUAAUUUUAGUAGAAGUCCUGGUGAUUAAUAUCAUAUGAGAAAUCUGUGUGCACGCACCCCCUCGGUUUUCCAGCUACAGCUGCUCAUCUUGAGCAAACUAUUUUCUUGCUAACGAGACUAGAUCACUUCAUUGCUGAGUGACUGUAUCCCAGUUUGGUUUUGCUUGUAGAACAAAGGUUUGGCCUUAAUACUAAGGAGUCUUCUUUAUUAUACAACUAAUUACAUAAUUUAGCAAAUGCUGCAUCUUUAGCCAGAGCUCUAAAACAAUAAAGCUGAUUCUUAAUUUGUUAUUCUUUUUAAAUAUAUUUUAAAUAAAGCAUUAUAAUUUUUUUAAUCAUUAAAUGUGUUAAAAGAAGAGCACAAUAUUUUAUAUUGGUGUUUAGCAAAAUUCAGGAAACAGGAUCUGGUGGUAAGAUGCUAGCUGCUGUCCUAAUGAUACUGUUGAGUUUUAUGUGCAUUUCUGCAUCUUUCCACCUGCAUUUGUCUGCUUUAUCUUGAGCACUGAGAUGUUUGCAGCUGUGGGCUUCCAGGGAUGCCCAUUUGAUCAAACUUUACAACAAGUUUCUUCCUGUUCCCAGGGCACCAAAUGCAUUGAAGUACUUCAUUGUAAACAUAUAAAAAGCGGAUGUUAUGUACCUCCUCAGAUCAGAUCUAUCUUUAACAGCUUCCCUGUGCUGUCCUGUGAACCAUGAAAGAAAGCUUGACAGUAGACAAUUGUGAAGUGCUCUGACAGUUAUUCAUCUUAAUCUUACUGUUACCUUGUCUAUGUGUUUUGCGCUUCUGGUGUAUAUUGUCUUUGAUCUUGAGUGGAGAAGACGUCAGUCAUGUACAACACAUAGCACAAUGGGACUGCUAAGCAUUAAUAAUGCUAGCACAAAUUUAAGAAUUAAGGUAAGAGACCACUUGAGGACAAUUCAGCUUCAUCUUUGAGGCUCUGGGCUGUUUGCUGCAAACAGAAGUGGCUAGAUUUAUUUUUGUUUUGUGAAAUGAGCAACCCAUACUGAACCUAUGCUUUAGGAGUUCCACUGAUUACAUAUCUACAAUUACUUUUUGAUAACUUCUGCAAGCAGAACAUUAAAAAGCAUAGCCUGUAACUACCAACAGAAUUUCCAUAGUGAUUUUAGAUGUUCGUACACAUAUUGCCAAAGCUUCAGUUUAAAGCUGUACUCUCUCAUUCUUUCUGAUAAUCCACACUGUCAUAAAUCCACACUGGGCACAAUCCAGCCAAAGUUAAACACUUUUAGAUCCCAUUUAUUUAAAUGGAAGAUGCUCAAUGUGUACUUGAAUGCUCCAUAGAAAUCAGUGAGAUUUAAGCUGCAAUCAUUUAUUAGGAGCAAGAUCCAUGGAAUGCAGUGGAACUUUCUGUUGAGUAGACAUGUUUAAGAGGAUGUUAUAAAUUGUUUAACUUGGCUGGGUUGUGCCUAUUGUAUUAAGCCUUAAAAAAAUAUAUUUCUGAAGUAGAUGGCACUAUUGUUUCUUCAUGGACAAGGAUAGAGUAGAAAUUAUUUUAAAACUAAAAUUAUUAAUGCAAAGGUUAUGGUAUCUAUUUUGCUUGUAACACAAUGUAGUGGUUCUAGGGGUUGCUCGUGCGUAAGCCGGUGCAAACACCUGGCUGGGUUGCCUGAGUGAACCUUUUCUGUCCGGACAGCCACUCACCCGUGGCUAUCUCAAUCGCUGGCAGAAUCCGUCAGUGGGCGUUUCUUAAACUUCUUCCAGCAAAGAAGCUCUUUGACGCCUAGUCUCCUCCUACUCUCUCUGCGCGAAAGCCUUCUGCGCAAGGAGGGCGUAGGCAGCGGAGGACCUCUACUCUCCCCGCUGGUCCCCGGCAAGGAGUCAUGGGACCGCCUCGCCGCUUCCCCAUCUGCCCCCCUUCUCCACUGGUGCUACGCUGAUUCUCUUCCCCAGAAGAUGGGCUGCCUCUCCCAAUCCCGGGACGCUCUCUGGAAUCCCUCUGGAUUUUGCUCUCUCCCUCCGGCACUGAUGGCAGUUCCCUGACAUCCACCUCCUCCUCAGGACCCCCACCCCACCCCUGGCGCGAUUUUCCGGUACAACCUCCUCUCUCUCCUCGGUCGACGAUGCGGGGAAUCCCCUGAAGGAACUGUCAUCAUCUUCUGAGGAUUCAAAACCAGCCUCCCAUCCGCUCGGAUUUCUUCCCGCUGGUUGAACCUCCCAGACUGAUCCUUCUCCCUCGGACACCUCCCCUCCCUCCUCUUCAGAGGCAGGAAAACCCACAAAGUCCCCUUCGUCGUCUGUGGGUCCAAAUUCUUCCUCCCAGAAUCUAGCUAAUGGUUUGGGCUUAUCCGGGAACAAACCGUGGAAUUCUUCCACCAGAUACCCGUCAGUGAUUGAUUCAGCAGGGACCCACGUGUUUUCAGACCUAGGUUCCCCCUCCCAGGCUACCAAGUACUCUACCUGGCGACCUCGCCACCUUGAAUCGAGUAUUUCCGUGGCUUCGUUACAGUGUUCCCUCUCCUCUACCCGCGGGUGGGUGGUAACCCCUCCUGUCCCGGGAAUUUCCGCCCCUCCCUGUAAGGUGAAAGUAGGGACCUAUGGAACACCGGAUGUAUCUUCAUGAUGUCAGGCAACUUGAGUUUAAAUGCCACUGGGUUAACCUGCUGUAUCACCUCAAAAGGCCCCAGCCGCCUAGGCUGCAACUUCUUGCACCCUCCCUUUAGGGGCAACCCUUGGGAUGACAACCACACCCGGUCUCCCACCCGUAUGGCCUCCCCCUCCCGACGGUGCCUGUCCGCCUGCCUCUUGUAAACUUCCUUGGCCCGCUCCAAGUUCAGCCUGAGUUGCUGGUGUAAGGCCUCCAUUUCCUCCACAAAUUGCUCAGCCGCAGGUACACUCCAUCCUUCCUCCCCCCGCCCCGGGAAGGCCCUGGGGUGACACCCGUAAUUGGCCAUGAACGGGCUCAUUCCUGUGGACACGUGUUCAGUGUUAUUGUACGCAAAUUCAGCCAAAGCUAAUUUCUCUACCCAAUCGUUCUGUCUCUCGCUGACAUAGCAGCGUAGGUACUGCUGGAGUAUACCGUUCACUCUUUCGGCUUGUCCGUUGGUUUCUGGGUGCCUCGCCGUCGAGAAGCUCACCUCGACCUGUAGCAAGCUCAUGAGUCUCCGCCAGAACUGGGAAGUGAAUUGUUUCCCGCGAUCCGAGAUUGCCCUCAAUGGAGUCCCAUGCAGUCUAAAAAUGUGAUCCACAAACAGCCUGGCUGUCUCCUCUGCCGUUGCUGCAUGUGAGCAAGCUACGAAAUGGCACAUUUUAGUCAGUAGAUCGACCACUACCAUGACCGCUGUCUUUCCCCUUGACUUGGGCAGAUCUGUCAUAAAAUCAAUGGACACCACCUCCCAGGGCCUUUCCGGUGUAGGUAAGGGUUCCAGUAGCCCCGCGGGGGCAGCCCUUUCCCCCUUUGCCCUCUGGCAUCGGUCGCACCCUCGUACAUAUUCUCGUACGUCUUCCCUCACCUUUGGCCACCAGAACUGCCUGGUGACAAGUAGCAUGGUCUUGUGCUGUCCAAAGUGCCCAGCUGUUGGGUUGUCAUGGAGUUGUCUAAGUACCUACCCCUCAAAGUCUCCCCUGGUACAUACAGCGCCCCCUUAUAGUACAGUAGCCCUUCCUUUUCCUCAAACCCUCCAUUGACUUCCUUUCCGUCCCUGAGUUCCCUGAUUUUUGUCUGAGCAAACUCAUCGUCUCUGGUGAGCCCUGCCAGUUCUCGUUUCCCAACCAACGCUCCCCCACACACCCACCGGUCCUCGGGGAACACGUGCCUGGUCUCUGGUGGCCCCUCUCCUUCCAUGUACUCCGGUUUCCGGGAGAGAGCAUCUGCCCUUACGUUUUCCUCUCCCGGCACGUAUCGGAUCUUGAAGAAAAACUUGGUGAACUCCUGGGACCAUCUGAUCUGUCUCUGAUUGAGCACUCGCGCGGUCCGCCAGUAUUCCAAGUUCUUGUGGUCAGUUUGGAGCUGGAUCUUGUGCCGCGCCCCUAUUAAUAGAUGUCUCCAUUGCCAAAAUGCCACAUAGAUCGCAAGCAGUUCUCGGUCAUACACCAUGUAGUUUUGCUCUGACUUGCUCAGCUUCCUAGAGAAAAAGGCACACGGCCUCCAGUUCUGCUUGGCCCCGGGCUGCAAAAGGACCGCUCCAAUCGCACGGUCGGACGCGUCCGUCUCCAGUCUCAUGGGCUUCUCCGGAUCCACGUGCAGGAGCCGCUCUUCCGAGGCGAAUGCCUUCUUCAGUUUUUCAAAGGAUUGCUGCACAUCCUCUGUCCACGCGAACUUCUUUUUGCUACUAAGACAAUCCGUUAUGGGCGCUGUCAAGUGAGCGAAGUUCUUUAUGAACUUCCUGUAGAAGUUGCUGAAGCCUAGGAACCUCUGCACAUCCUUUCUGUUUUGGGGGGCUUUCCAUUCCAGCACUGCCUUCACUUUGCCCGGGUCCAUGGCUAGUCCUUUGUCUGACAACCUGUACCCCGGGAACUCAACCUCCCUGGCAUGGAAUUGGCAUUUUUCCAGCUUGACCCACAACUGAUGCUUCUUCAAUCUCUGUAGCAUCUCCCUGACGUCUCUGACGUGUUGCUUUUCAUUGUCCGAAUAGAUUAAGGCGUCAUCCAAAAAGGCUACGCAAUUCUUGUACAGCAGGGGCCCCAACACAUGGUGCAUGAAGGCUUAAAAGCAGGCGGACCCCGAUUGUAAUCCAAAUGGCAUGACUAAGUACUCAAAAGCCCCCAGGGGGGUGAACAUGGUCGUUUUCCAUUCGUCCCCCUCCCUUAUCCUAAUCAGAUUGUAUGCUCCCCUGAGGUCCAGCUUGGCAAAAAUCUUCCCCUGCCUCACACGUGUCAAAAUAUCGUCAAUCCUGGGCAUUGGGAAAGUCACAGAUUCUGACACCAGGUUUAGGGCCCAGUAAUCCACGACUAAUCUGGGCUGAUUUGUCUCUUUUUUGUCCACAAAGAACACUGGACUGCCCCCCACCGCCUUUGAUUCCCUUAUGAAACCUCGCUUCAGGUUCUUGUCAAUAGACUGCCGCAACUCCUGCAUCUCCCGGUCGGACAUGGUAUACAGCUUACCCACCGGUAACUGAGCCCCUGGAAGCAGGUUGAUUUGGCAGUCAAAUGGCCUGUGGGGGGGGCAGUCUGUCUGCCUCCCUCUCGCUGAAGACCUCCUUCAAAUCAGCAUAUUGUGUUGGCACCUCCCUUUUUUGCUCCAGGGCCACCCUGGCCACAGUCCUUGGUUCCUUCCCUCCCAGACAGUGUUCUAAGCAGUAAGCUGACCCAAAGGUGACCGACCGCUGAUGCCAUGACACCACUGGGUCAUGUAUUGCCAGCCAGCUCAUUCCCAGUAUUAUUGGGGAUCCUGCCAGCGUGGCCACGUAAAAAGCAAUGGUUUCCGUGUGCCUGGAGACACCCAUUCGCAUUGGCGGUGUCUGGUGUGUCACUUCCCCUCCCAGGAGUUCCCUGCCAUCAAUGGUGGUCACCUGCAAGGGAAAAUCUAAUGGCAACAGGUGGAGCUGUUGCUGGUGCUCCAGAGCGAAGUCUCUGUUGAAGAAAUUACACGAGCUGCCAGAAUCUAGCAGCCCCUCCACUUUGACGGGGUGCCCAUUUGGGAGUUCUAGCACCACCUCUAUGGCUAUAGCUGCCUUGGGAGGGUCAGGCUGGGGCACUUCUAUUGGUUGCUGGCCUGGCUGCUGCCCCUGCUGGUUGGCAGACAGGCGUUGUCGUUUCCCUGUACCAGCUCUUCCUCCCCCUUAUCGUCGUGGCCUGCAGCCCCCAUCAUGCCUUGCCAGGCUUUUCGUUGAGGGCAGACCUUUGCAAAAUGUCCCGGUCGCUGACAGGAAGCACUUCUUGGUAGUUUUCCACUCUUUUUUCCGACCUUCACCAGCGUUUGAAACUUCGCGCGCGUUCCAUCAAUUUCCAUCGGCUCCACCGCCUGGGAAGGCUCCCUCGGCAUCUCCGGAAUGCGGUUGUCAUGGAAACGUUCCGCCCUUAUCUCCCGCUUCUCCUGAGCCCGCGCUUCCUGGCGUACACCGAUCGUAAGCACAGUCUUUGUGAGUUCAUCCAUCGACCGCAGGCGGGGCGCUCGGGACAACUCGUCUUUCACUUCGGGGGCCAAACCCGCUUCAAACAACCUUUAUACUGGUUCAGAGUCCAGAUCCCACCCGCGCUUGUGAACUAACAUCGCAAAACGCGACCAGUAGUUUCUGACGGACAGGCUCCCCUGCUUGCACCCCAUCAGCUCCCUCCGUGUCACGCUUUGCUCAAUCUCGCUGGAGAACAUCGCGUCCAUUCCCUGGUAGAAUUUCUUAAGAUCUUUCGAAGCGUCAUUCCCCGUUGCCAUCAAGGGCCUGAUCCAUUCGCGCGCCCCAUCCUGCAGAUGUCCAACACUGUAAGCCACCCUCUCCCCGUCAUCAGCAAAGUCAUUUUUCUGCAAUUCCAAAGCAUACUGAAUUUCCGUUCGGAAGGCAUUGUAGUCUUGGGGCUUUCCACCAAACUUGUGUACCAGCCCCGGGACCUUCCUCCUUAUCGGGGUGGCUCAGACCUGUGCAUCCUGAGCCCAUCUCUCCUCCAGCUGCGCAGAUGGGGUAGUGACAUGCGCCUCCAGGUCUCGGUUCCUCUCGACCAGACCUCGCACCAUGGCUUCUUGCUCUGUCUCUCCGGCCGGCCCUGUUUGGCUCAUCGUGCUGCCUCUCCGGUGCUGCGCACAAGCAACGUCAGAGAAGUUCUUAAACUUCUUCCAGCAAAGAAGCUCUUUGACGCCUAGUCUCCUCCUACUCUCUCUGCGCGAAAGCCUUCUGCGCAAGGAGGGCGUAGGCAGCGGAGGACCUCUACUCUCCCCGCUGGUCCCUGGCAAGGAGUCAUGGGACCGCCUCACCGCUUCCCCCAUCUGCCCCCCUUCUCCACUGGUGCUACGCUGAUUCUCUUUCCCAGAAGAUGGGCUGCCUCUCCCAAUCCCGGGACGCUCUCUGGAAUCCCUCUGGAUUCUGCUCUCUCCCUCCAGCACUGAUGGCAGUUCCCUGACACACAAGCUAUAUGGUUUGCAGCAUCAUUGGUUUCCAAAAUAUAUAAACAACUAGGAGCCAAUGGGCUCAGAUUCUCAAAGCACAGAUAUUUGUAUUACUACCAAAUUGAAUGGCCAAACUUUUGAUAAUAUUUGACACUUAAAAGUUGUCAAAAUAUGUGCUGCUGUGUAUUGUUUUAAGUAUUGUAGACCUUCCUUAAAAGAGAUGGUGACUGGCCCAAAGUUACCCAUUGAGCUUCAUGGCUGAGUGGGGAUUUGAACCCUGGUCUCCUAGGUCCUAGUCCUAAACACUACACUACACUACACUACACUACACUACACUACACUACACUACACUACAGACACUUUCUUCCAAUGUAUUUUGCAGUAGGGUAUCCCAAGCAAAGCUAUGUGUUGAAUCAGGAAAAGCACAAUUUUUUUCCUAAGCUUCCCUGGAUUGAUUUUCACUUGAGAAAUCACAUGUCCAUCUUUUUUUAGCCAAUAUGUUAAUUCAUAAACAAAAAUUAAGACACUUGACUGUUUUAGGGAGUAUUUUUAUAUCCCAAGGUGAUUGUAUAUAAGGGUGAAAAAAUGUCCCAAAAUAACACUACAUUUGGGUUGAGUUUUGUAAGUUUUAUUUGCUCUUCUUGGGAUGUGUUUUGCUUCAGCUGCUUUUUAUUUACAGAAAGAAAACUGUAAAUGAUAACUGGCUGAAACUUCCAUGUAGUUGACAAUAAAUUAAACUACUUUGUGGGUCUACUUUUGUGUAACUGCUAUACUCAAAAGUCACCCUGAGUGGGCUACAACCCCAUUUUCCACAUGGAAUAUUCAUUUAUAGGAACAGUAAUGAUCACAAGGCAGCAUGCAGAAAUAUGGCAAAGACAUAGUAAGCAGAGGAUAGUGUUUGAAGAAGCAAUUAUAGGGCUGAGAUGCUGGUCAUUUCAUUUCUGCCUUAUUUGAUUGAUCAACUAACAGUUUCCACUAGAUGAAGUCUAGAACACACUUGUAUAAAUGCCACCGAAUCUUUUUAUGUGGUUAUCUGAUAGUAAUAGCAGGAGUGGAAGCUUCUUGCUCCCCAGCCCUAGAGGAGUCAUGACCUCUUCAGGGAAAUUUUAUCCUUUCUUCGCAUUUAGCUUAGCUUUUAAUGAGCAUGUGCAGGCAUCUUUGAACAGUAACACAAUUUAGGGCAACUUGUAAAUAUGCCCUCAAAAGUUACCAGCCUUUUUUUACUAGUUUGGAAACAAGCUAGUAUUUUGUGUUUUCAUCCUGGCCACAGAGGAGGCCAACCCCUAUCCUCCAAGCUACUAGCCUCUUAGAAGGCUGUUUAAAAGAUCUUCUACUAAGCACAUUGGCAGAAAAGGGUUGAGGCAAUUUUUCCUUCCUCUGGCAGUCUGCUCACUUGACUUCAUGGAAUUUCAUAUCCUUAUAUCCAUGGAAUUCUGGUCUCUUAUGACUACCAGGCAAGUUGUUAAAUACAAGACUGGUUUAGCAGAAUGGAGGAAUAAAUAACACUGUUGAACAUCACAGUAGCCAGGUUACGAGUGCCCAGGAGCCUGAACUAACCAAUCAUUUGCAUUUAAUAAGAGGUAGACUCUCCAUAUUAUGUAGUGUGAUGUUCUGUAAAGCUUCUUGGAAGGUGUGAAGUCCUAGGAGGCAGCUUUUAAAUAAUCAAAACAACUGGCUGUGCUCUUACUAUUAUUGUAAAUUGGGACAGGAAGGUUAUUCAUGAAGAAUUGUUUUUUUUUAAAAAAAAAUAUUUAUUAAAUUUUAAAGGGUUACAAAAAGAAAAAAAUUAAAAGACAGCAUAUUAAAGAGCUACAAAACAUCACAUCACAAUAAUUAAAAAAAGAAAAAAGAAAAGAAAGGAAAAAAAGAAAAGAAAAAAAUACAAUGAAUCUUCCCAUAACUUAUCUUUCAUUUGCUUAUUUCCUUGACCUCCUCACACCUCCCUUUUUUGUAUUCUAGUUCAAUUAGCUAUUUCAGCAAGUCCUUUCCAUCUUUUCCAAUUUUUGUCCUUUAUUUUAUCUUAAUAUAAUGUAACUUUACUUUCCCUCCUUCACCAUUUAGCAAUCUAUUUUUUCUUAAUCCUUUAUAGCAUUUCUGCUAAAACCACAUUACUUCAUUCCAACAUCCUUCUAACAUUCCUUAAUUUUACAAUGUUUCUGUAAAUAAACUUUAAAUUUCUUCCAAUCUUCUUCCACCGACUCUUCUCCCUGGUCUCGGAUUCUACCAGUCAUUUCCGCCAGUUCCAUGUAGUCCAUCACCUUCAUCUGCCAUUCUUCCUGGGUGGGUAGAUCUUGUGUCUUCCAAUACUUCGCGAUGAGUAUUCUUGCUGCUGUUGUGGCAUACAUAAGGAAAGUUCUAUCCUUUUUUGGCACCAAUUGUCCGACCAUGCCCAGGAGAAAGGCCUCUGGUUUCUUCAGGAAGGUAUAUUUAAAUACCUUUUUCAUUUCAUUAUAAAUCAUCUCCCAGAAUGUCUUAAUCCUUGGGCAUGUCCACCAAAGGUGAAAAAAUGUACCUUCAGGUUAUUCAUGAAGAAUUGGUAGUACUGGUUGGAGUGUAUAGAUUUUGCUUUUUUGCUUUAAGACAAUAGCAAAUUACCUUGCUUUCAAUUUGGGAUUGUGCCAUGUAUGGACAUGGCAGCCAUCCUAUAAUAAAAAGUAAAGUCAAUCAAUCAAUCAAUCAAUCAAAACCUUUAUUGCAUUAGCAUACAGCCAUAGCAAAAUAAGACAAAAAUACUAGAGACAAGCAACCAAACAAAAUUCAAAGCAAUAUUACUGGCGUAAUGACAUUUAAAUUACCCUAAGACAAUAAUGUAAAGAUUUAGUUGCCAGCGCCAAGAAUCCAAAAUGCGGAUGUAUAUAAAACAUAAAAUGGCCCCAAAAUAGGCUCGGCACAUUGGGUUGAAAAAGUAAUAAAAAGAAUUAAAACAGGUCCAGGUCUAGGACACACUACCCAGUCAGAGUAGCCCUGAGUUUCAGAGCCUGCACUAUAAAGAUUGCCACCCCACGUGAAAUUUGGGGAUUUGCGUCCACAAGAAGCGAUUUCAAACAGUCUUCCUUAGAUGUAAUGGUGGACGGGAUCAAGAGGAGGAGCUUAGGUCUUAUUGGCUCAUAAAUAGGGCAGUAGAAAAAGAAAUGUAUGAAGUCCUCUACUUCAUUCAUUGUGCAUGGACAUAAACGCUGAGUAAUAGGGGUCUUAGAGUAAAUCCCUACAGGAAGGCCGUGGGUAUAGAAUGGAAACGGGCCAUAGUAAACGCUCUUCUCAAAUUGGGCUCCGUCAGGUCUAUCAAGUAGUUGGCAAGUGAUCUUACCACUUUCACUUUAGGGAGCCACAUGGAGAGGCGAGCUGUAAUGGACUGUGCCCGGUCCAUGGCCUCGUCUCUUGUAAGAAUCCAGGCCCGGAUUUUAUGUUGGUCCCAAGAUGACAGCGUGUCGAGAUCUGGGAGGGAGUAGCGUGCAGUAAUAGUCUCCAUGGCCUUGGACCAUUUGUUGGUAUGAGAACAAGUUAAAAGGCUUGCCUAGCUAGUAGGGAACCUGGGGCAUUGAAUAAUUUACAGUAAAAACUAAUGAUUCUAAUGUGGGCUCUUGCAACAAUGGAGGGAGGCCCAGUUCUGUUCUUAACUGUGCAGCAACUGAGCCCUUGGGGAGGCCCAGUAUCUUUCGUGCAAAAGAGUUUUGCAGAAUCUCCAGCGAUUGUAGUGUUUUUAAAUUCCACCCCCAGAUUUCAACCCCAUACAGUAACAUCGGGAGGACUUUGCUGAUAAAUGCUUUUCUGAUUGGUGGAACCAACUGGCCGCCUUUUGCAUAGAAGAAUUUCUCCAAGGCUUUGAUGGUUCUACGGGCAGCCAGGAUGGUCAUAUUUAGGUGAGCUGACCAGCUAAGCCCAUGCUGAAAAGUGAUACCCAAAUACUUGAAUGCUGAACAAUAUUCAAUAGAGUGGCCCUCAAAAUUCCAGAAAGGCUUCCGAGUUUUCGUGCCAAAAGUAAGAAUUUUGGUUUUGGCGAAAUUGAUUUUGAGGGAGUUGGUAUCACAAUAUGUCAUGAGCCCUCUGAGCAUGUUGUUUAAGCCCUGCUUGGUUAAAGACAGUAUCACCAUGUCGUCCGCAUAGAGUAAUAUGGGGAUCUUGAGCUGUUGUAAAGAGGGGACAGAUUGAUUUAGGGCCUUCAUGGUUGUAACGAUGUCAUUGAUGUAGAAAUUGAAUAGAAAAGGGGCCAAGAGGCAGCCCUGUUUGACCCCUUUAUUCAGAGGGAAAGGAUCAGAUAGAGCUCCCAGAGGGCCGAAUUUUACUCUGGCCGAUAUGUCAUUAUGAAUUUCCAUAAGAAGGUGGAGGAGUCUCUUAUCUAUGUUAGUGUAACUAAGCUUCUGCCAUAGCCUAUCUCUGGGGAUGGAGUCAAAAGCGGAGGUCAGGUCCACAAAAGCCGCGUGUAGUUUGCAGUUGAACCUGUUUAGAUAUUUAUCAAUCAGGGUAAAUAGAACAAGACAUUGGCCAGAUGUGCUGUGACCUUUACGGAAGCCAGCCUGUUCCGGGUGAAAUAGCUUUGUUUCUUCUGCCCACUCGAUUAAUUUCUCUAGCAAGAAUCUAGAGUAGACCUUGUAUGAUAUGUCCAGCAGGCUGAUAGGUCGAUAGUUACGCGGAUCUUGUGGAUCCCCCUUUUAUGUAUUGGGAUGACUAUGCUCUGUUUCCAAUUAGGUGGAAUCUUAAGAGUAGCAUUAAUAGUGGUAAAGAGAGAUGCUAAAAUAGGGGCCCACCAUGUCUGGUUCGACAAGAAUACCUCAGGUGGUAUCAUAUCCUCCCCGGGAUUUAUCCCCUGAAAGCGUACUGAUUAGUUGUAUACAUCUCUCUGGGGAGACUGGCUCCCAGGUGGGCAAGGCAGAUGCUGGAAGAGUGGAGACAACAUUUACUUCGGGAUCUGGGGCGGAAUACAGCUGAGCAAAGUGAGAGUGCCAACUGGCUGCUGUGAUGUUAUUAGCGAUGAAUGAGGGGGGUCUUAAACCUGCAUUAAUUAAAUUCCAGAAUUUCUUGUCGUCACGGGUUUUAAUGGCCACUGACAGUGCCGUCCAGCGUUCUUUCGCAAAGAGCAAUUUCUUAUGAUGGAGCAGCUUCUUGUAGUAUGAACGGAAUUGGGCUAACUCCCUGAUUUUGCUCUGGGUGCUGUCUGAUUUCAUAUCAGACUGAAGAAAUCUAAGCCUACUUCUGCACUGUUUGCAUUCUUGGUCGAACCAAGUUUGAUUCUUCCAGGUUAGAAUCGCACGGGAAGGUUUCGUAAGUGAAGGAAGCAAGAAGGCUAGAAUUUGCUGGAAAGUUGAGAAAUGAUUCACAUUCAUUCAUGUAUGGACAUGGCAGCCAUCCUAUAAUAAAAAGUAAAGUCAAUUUCACAUACCAGAGCCUCUGAACUGAAGGGUACUUUUUAGUCAAGGACAGAGUAGAGAAGAACUUUUGGAUAGACAUAAUGCAUGAAUGACUUCAGGUAGAAAUAUCUACUCUGAGUCAGCUGCUGUAAAAGCCACCUGCUUUUCAAAAGAUAGUCUUCACAGAAUUUCUAGUUGAGAAGAAUAAAUUUAUUCUUCUAUAGCACACAUAUAACUUAAUCAGCCUCCCACUGAUUUCAACCCCCCCCCCCCGAGUAAUACAGGUUUACUAAUGUUUAGACAAUCUCACUUUGACUGUGUCCCAUCUGAAAAUUGAGGGAUGUCCUCCCUGGGGUACUAAAGCACAAUAUAUCUUUCAUUUACAUGGGUGAAACACAAACUUUUGUUGGUCUUUGAUAUCUGGUCAAUAGACUUGUCUUAAAAUUGCCCUUGAUAUUUUUUCAGUAAUUUAUCUAACGUCUACCGUAAGUAGUUAAAGUAAUACCUUAAUAGUGAGUACUUUGCUGUACUUUUUCUAAAUACUAAUGCAUUGUUUCAUCUUAAUUUGUGUAGGAAGAAUACUGACAAUUGAAUUGCUGCCUUUAUACUGUAAAAAAUUGCAAUAAAGUGGGGAUGUCAAGAGUCUCCACUCCUCCACCACCUGGAGAGAUGUCCAGUGGUCCUAUAGCUGAAAGCUGGUGUUACACACAGGUAAGCCACAUACCUGUAUGCAUGUGUGUGUCCAGGUAUUGUUAAUGGCAUGUUUAAUAGUAGGACACUUUCAGAUGUAGCUUCCAACAGUAAUGCAAUGUGAUACCCAGACUUCUGGUUCCAAGUAAAAGGAAUAAGAAGGCAAAAAAGGUAAUAUAAUAAAGAGAACCAAUCAGAAAAUGUAAAAAAUAAGGUGACAGGUGAGAUCAGCAAUAUAAUAGGCAAAAAUCAAAUACUGAAGGUUGUAUCCAGUGAUUGGGAGGAUUUGCAAGGGUGAGGACAUCCAUUGAGAAACAUUCAUUGUGCAAGCUUCCUUCUAUUUGUGCAGCUAUUGAAUACAACCGAAGGUUGCUGAGAUGUAGGACAAAUGAAUUAACCACCUAAAGUCUACAAUAAUUCAACCUGUGGCUCUGAAAAAGCCUGCAGUUGCUGGUGGAUAACUGAUCAAAUAAGGGGCCCCUAAGGAAUGAAUAAGGGGACACGGGUGGCGCUGUGGGUUAAACCACAGAGCCUAGGACUUGCCGAUCAGAAGGUCAACCUGUGGCUCUGAAAAAGCCUGCAGUUGCUGGUGGAUAACUGAUCAAAUAAGGGGCCCCUAAGGAAUGAAUAAGGGGACACGGGUGGCGCUGUGGGUUAAACCAAAGAGCCUACGACUUGCCGAUCAGAAGGUCGGCGGUUCGAAUCCCCGCUAUGGGGUGAGCUCCCGUUUCUUGGUCCCUGCUCCUGCCAACCUAGCAGUUUGAAAGCACGUCAAAGUGCAACUAGAUAAAUAGGUACCGCUCUAGCGGGAAGGAAAACGGCGUUUCUGUGCGCUGCUCUGGUUCGCCAGAAGUGGCUUAGUCAUGCUGGCCACAUGACCCAGAAGCUGUACGCCGGCUCUCUUGGCCAAUAAAGCAAGAUGAGCACCGCAACCCCAGAGUCGGCCAUGACUGGACCUAAUGGUCAGGGUUCCCUUUACCUUUACCUUAAGGAAUGAAUCUUCCUCAAAUGUCAUACGUUGGUAGCUUAUGGAAUUCUAUUCUGAAACUGACUUAUGGAAUCCUUUUCUGAAACAAGUGCACAAUAUAAGCUGCAGUGACUCCUUAAUUCUAUGAGAUAUCCCUCCCCCCCAAAAACCAGUUUAAACUAGUUGAGGUUAUUUCUUCAAUAACUGCUUAAAAAAAAAAAUUAAGAUGAAGAAAAGUGAAUCUGGUGAAUUUACAUGAUUGUCUGCAUCUCUUAUUCAGGUUAAAGUUGUAAAAUUUUCUUAUAUGUGGACCAUUAAUAACUUCAGCUUCUGCCGAGAAGAAAUGGGGGAAGUUUUAAAGAGUUCUACUUUUUCAUCAGGGCCAAAUGACAAAAUGAAAUGGUAGGUAUUAGUCACUUGUCAGUGGCUUCUCACUUUCUUUUCUUUAAGCAUACAGUCUCUUGAGAAUCUGUGAAUAUGUCAUAAAUAAAAUGACAUGUAUGGUGGUUUAUCCUCCAGUCUUAAAACUGUUUUUAUUGUUGAAAGUGGGGCAAACUAUCACUGAUUUUCUGCUACAUUACAGAGAUCCGAACAGCUAAUGGUUUGAAAUACUAUAUAGUUUGUGGCAAAAUAAGGCAAGAUGAUGUAAUGUGUUGGAUUAGGGCCAAAGAGACAUUGGGUUCAAAUCUCCAUUUGUGAGGUUACUGAGAGCAAUUUGGGCAAUUCAGGGGCCCAGUUUGCAUGUAAUACUAAGCCAAGCCAAGUUCGUGGAAGAAAGAUUGCUGCAGCUUUGCUGCUCUUUCAUUGCGGCUCCUGCCACAGUGCUGUGAGCAAAGCCAUCGUAGCCAAGGUUAGCUGAAUGACUUGCUGCCUUGUGACUUGUCGGGAGCAAGAAAAUUAUGGCUCAGCUCACAUCCAUGUGGCACUAGCAGGGUUCCCUAUUUGUAAACUGCCCUGUGAUCCUUGGAUGAAGGGUGGUCUAGAAAUGUAAUAAAUAAUAAUAAUAAUAAUCUCAUUUUGUUCAAGAGGGCCCCACCCUUCUGGAGAAGCAUUUCAGGAGAACACCACUGUAUAUAUGGUCGCUCCUUGGAGUAUUAAAAGGUGUGACAGCAGGAGAAGAGCAAUAGGGAUAUAUAGAUAUGAGCAACUGGAGGUCAUGGGUGUUGAAUACAUAUGUAAGUUUAAAAAACUGAUCUCCGGAACCCAGGGGACUUAUUGUGUAUGUGUAAAAAAUCAUAUCACAACAGUACUCCAAUUUUUAAAUAUCUUAGCAAGUUAGGCCUUUAUGGAUUGGAGAACAAGUUGAUGUUUCUAAGACAUUUCUUAUGUUCUUGAUUUCAGGUGCCUGAGAGUAAACCCCAAAGGACUGGAUGAUGAAAGCAAAGAUUACCUUUCACUGUAUUUACUUCUAGUUAGUUGUCCAAAAAGUGAAGUGAGAGCAAAAUUUAAAUUUUCUCUUUUAAAUGCAAAAAGAGAAGAAACGAAAGCAAUGGGUAAGUGGAUUUUAAAAUGCUUCAAGAACAAUAGGUAGUUUUCAGUUUAAGGAGUAAAAGGUCUGUCAAAUCAGAUAUUUAUUUAUUUAUUUAUUUAUUUAUUUGUUUGUUUAUUUAAAAGCUUGUAAACUCAGAUUUAUUAUUUUGUGUCUGUACAAGUUCAGUCACAGUGUAAUCGCUUCCUCUGGUUUUGGUCAAUGGUAUAGUUUGGAGAAUGGUAUAGUUGGCAAUUCAGAGGCAAUUCAGUUAUUUAAAUCUAAAUGAGAUUUGACUGUCUUUCUUUUUGUAUGCAUUUCCUAUUCAAACAUGAUUACAUAAGCUUUCCUAAUGUUUUGUGGUAUAUUUAUUUAUGAUAUAAUUUUUCAAGUUGCCAUGACAAAUAUCCAGUUGUUGCCUGGGGAAAACAGAACAAAGAGGGACUAUUCACUGUUUGACAAGUUCUUUAAAAAUAAAAUCUGCUCCAUAGGGUUGGGGGGGGGGGCGGCUGGAGUACAUGGAGUGGGGACAAAGGGGAGGAGGAAUAAUCCAGAAUGCUUCCCUCCCCUGUUCUGCUGGUGGAUACUUUCUUUCAGAAAGGGGGAAUGUCGGAUAUUACCUUUUAUCUACAAAUCAUGUUUGCAUUUUAGCCAGCAGGGGUUAAUGAGACUACCAAGUGUGUUUUGUCGUUAAAAAUCAGUUGUUCUGUUUUACAUAUCCUGAAUGAAACUGACUUCAGUUUUUCGAAUCCCACUUUCUGAAGUUUAAUUUUGUCCUAAAUUAUAUCUUGCUAACUUGAACUAUUAUCACAAGCAAGAGAACAGAACCUGCUGUGCAAUUUGGACAUUGUGUGUCCGUGUGUGCGUGUUUUCAGCCAUACUGAAAAAGAGUAUGUAUUGGAGCUGGUCUUGCGUGUGUCACCACAUCUGGAAUGAAACAUGUGUCCUCUAGUAUAUGAUGCGGCCUUGAGUAUAUGAUUCCAUAAUAGACUGGUUCAGAUCCUUUUCAUUAUAAACGUACUGAAGAAAGUGAGGAAAUUGGCUGUUGCUUAACUCUGUAUCAUUCAGUUAUGGAAAAAUAUAUUCUGCCCUUAAUGGGAUAAGGUUUGUAAAUUGUUCAAAGCACUAAAAUGCUCCUAAAAUGUAACAUCAGCAGCUAAUUGCAGGAAAAAUCCAUUGUCUUUAAUGGUCCAAUUGCUGCUAACAUUUGUUUUUAAAAAGUAAUACUGCAUUAGCUUAGAACCAGAAUAAUGGGGGGGGGGGGGUACCCUGUGCUGCCUUAGUGCUAUGGGAAUUUCACAUCCCCACUGUAGCUCCCAGAAAAUUUGUGGUAAGUGGGCAUAGAUGUGAAGUUGGAGGUUGGAAUCAUGUGGGGAAGGGGGAGAGGGAGGAAUAAAUGGAAUUAUAUGAACUUAGCCAUCUGCAGUGUCUCUGACAUCAGUGGUUCCUCCGCUUCAUCUGGGCUUAUGAGAGAUUUUGGGGGUGAUUUUUGUACUUCCAGCUGAAACGUGUGGCUAGAAUUCUACUCUUGCACUAAUCUCCUGUACUAAAAGGCAUCUCAGAAAAGAAAGUGGUAAUUCCACGAAACUGAACACAGUAGUCAGAAUUAUUAUUAUUAUUAUUAUUAUUAUUAUUAUUAUUAAUAUCCCACCUAUUUGGCUGGUUUCCCCAGCCAUUCUGGGUGGCUUACAGCAUAUAUAAAACAGUAACAUAUCAAACAUUAAAAAGAAUCCCAUGAGUUAAAUGCAUGGGCUCUUGCCCACAUGAAGUCCUUGUGCUGUGUCUCAAACCUCUUUUGACUUUCUGAAGUUACGUCUACAGUGCUUUGGGUUCUGAAUGUGAACAUCAUAUGCUUAAUUUUAAAAUAUAGAGUUGAAUCCAGAUGUGCAUUCAGUGACAUUCCAUUUGCACUUAGGAAGUGAUUUGUACUGAUCCUUCCCACUGCAGCCCCUGAAAACUGCACUGGAGGGCUGGAGGACCCUACAGAAUGACAUGGGGUGUGCUACCUGGGGAUGUGGGGGAAACCUGUACUGGAACUAAUUCCAUUUCCAAACAUAGUGGUGGGGAACCCGUGGCUGUCUAGCUGGUGGUGUGUUCCAAUUCCCACCAGCACCAGCCAGCAUGGCCAGGGAUGAUGGAAGCUGCAGUCCAUUAACACCUGGAGGACCACCGCUUCCACGCCCAGGUGUAAACAAAAUGAGUCUUUCUCUUAAUGAAGGUGCUAAUCUGGAUACAGCUCAUAUUUUGCAUUAGUCUUUAGUGCAAUUGUUAUCUUAUUAGGUUUGAUUUGGCUCUUGGAUUUCACUUAUUGUGUAUGUAUAUUAAAACUGUUUUAAUUGAACGUACUUAAUCUAUUUUACUUAGAAAGCCAAAGAGCAUAUCGAUUUGUUCAAGGCAAAGAUUGGGGUUUUAAAAAAUUCAUUCGAAGAGACUUCUUACUUGAUGAAGCUAAUGGUCUUUUACCAGAUGAUAAGCUUACGUUAUUUUGUGAGGUAGGUAAUCAACCAGUGCUUUUUAAAAUAGAAUAUUGGUUUCCAUGGCUAUGAAUGAAGAAUAUUUUCAAAUGUUAUGUUUAUCCCUCUGUGUUACAGAAAUGCCCUGAUAAAAUGUUUUAGCAUAAUGGUUGUUGUUUUGAUGCAAGAUUUUACUAAAAAUAAUGUCAUCCAUUGGGAGAGUUCCUGUUUGGCAUGUAGUGAAAGGAAAGCUGUAGAAGGAUAAAAACUGCAGUAGUCUUGUUGGGGUGGAAGAAGGUGUAACAUAUAAGGCAGGGUUGUGGGAUCGGUUUCCUAGGUUGGUACUCUGUGAUGGUCAUUGUGGAGCUACAGAGAAGCCACAGUUGGUUUGUAUUUGAGAGGAAGUGAACUCCCUCUUCCUAUGAUUUAAAUUAAUAUUAUGUCUGUAUUUAAAUUGGCCAGUGACAACUGAAGAACAGGAUUUUUAUGCCCCUGACUGUCAGAUGUAGGGCUGAAUUUAACAUACAAGUGUUAGUAAAAUCUGUCAUCUGGACAUUAUUAUUAUUAUUAUCAGUAGUAGUAGGAGUAGUAGUAGUAUACCACUCUUCAUCCAAAGAUCGCAAGGAAGUUCACAACAUAGAAAUAUAAAAUGAGAACACAAAAUGCAUAAUAAAAACAAAACAAACCAAUAACACCCCCCACCUCCUACCACAAACACAUUUAAAAUGGUAUAGGGUGUUAAUCAGCCAAAGGCGUUUUUGAAGAGGAACAUUUUCGCCUUGUUCCUAAAGCUGUAUACUGAAGGUGCCAGCCAAAGCUCCCUAGGGAAAGCAUUCCUCAAACAGGGAAUCACUGCAGAAAAGGCCCGUUCUCAUGUUGCUGCCCUUCGGACCUCCCAUUGAGAAGGCACAUGAAGAACAGCCUCAGAUGAUGACCUCAGGUUCCAGGUUGGUUCAUAUGGAAAGAGGGGCUCCUUGAGGUAUUCCGGUCCUAAGCCAUUUAAGGCUUUAUAGGUCAAAACCAGCACUUUGAAUUAGGCCCCAAAAGUAAAUGGCAGCCUCUGCAGUUGAGCCAGGUUUGGUGUAGUAUGCUCAAACCAUCUUGCCCUGGUGAGGAACCUGGCUGCUGAAUUCUGCACCAGCUGAAGUUUCUGAACCAUCUUCAGUGGCAGCCCUAUGUCUAACCUCGAGGUUACCAGAGCAUAGACAACAGUAGUUAGAUUCAGGUAGGUAGCCGUGUGGGUCUGAUACAGUCGAAAUAAAUAGAAAUUUUUAAAAAAAUGUCCAGUAGCACCUUAGAGACCAACUAAGUGUGUUCUGGGUAUAAGCUUUCAUGUGCAUGCACACUUCUUCAGAUACAAGUGUGCAUGCACACGAAAGCUUCUACCCAGAACAAACUUAGUUGGUCUCUAAGGUGCUACUGGACAUCUCUAUCUCUCUAUCUCUCUAUCUAUUUUUAUUUCAACAGUAGUUAGGCUAUCCCUGUCUGGAUAGGGGUGCAGCUGGGCCACCAGCUGAAGCUGAUGGAAGGCACUCCGGGCCACUGAGGCCACCUGAGCAUCAAGCAACAGUAAAGGAUCCAGAAGUACCCCAUCAAGUAACUCCAUCAAGGGCAAGCAACCUCCCAGCCUUCCAGUCUAGGGAACUGCCCACUAAUAGUGCCUCAGUCUUAUCUGGAUUGAGCUUCAGUUUGUUAGCACUCAUCCAGUCUAUGACUGAGGUAAGACAAUGGUCCAUCACAUUCACUGCCUCACCUGCAGAUGUAAAGGAGAAGUAGAGCUGUGUGCCAUCAGCAGAUUAUUACAAUGUAUUCCAAACCUCUGGAUAACCCCAUUCAGUGGUGUCAUGUAGAUAUUAAAUAGCAUACAUAGGGGAUAAAAUCGAACACGGAAGAACCCCACAUUGAAGGUUCCAUGGGGCUGAAGAGCACUCUCCAAGCAUCCCCCUCUGGAAACGUCCAUCCAAGGAGGACGGGAACUACCAGAAAGCAAUGUCACCCACCUCUGAUUCAGACAGUUGCUCCAGAAGGAUACCAUGGUUGAUGGUAUCAAAAGCCACUGAGAGGUUGAGGAGAAUUAACAGAGACACAUUUCCCCUUUCUUUCUCCCGACAGAGGUCAUCAUACAGGGCGACCAAAGCAGUUUCUGUGCCAAAACCGGGCCUAAACCCCGAUUAAAAUGGAUCUGGAAAGUCAGUUUCCUCCCAGAGCGCCUGGAUUUAGUCUGUGACUACCUGCUCAAGAACCUUGCCCAAGAAGGGGAGACUAGCAGCUGCUGGUAGUUACUUAGAUUUUCUGAAUUCAGGGAGAGUUUUUUGAGGGACCACCUUGCAGGGAGGCAUUGAUCAAGUCCCUGCCCCAAACAGCUGUCUCCUCCCUGCUAGUUGGGUGGUUUUUUACAGUCAAGAGGGGCAGGGCUCCAGAGUACAAGUGGUUACCCUGAAUGAUCCAAGCAUCUUGUCCACAUCCUUGAGCCUUCCUGAUUGAAACACAUCCAACACAACAGGACUGGGGAUUCUUAAAAGCGAUUGUAACUUUCCAUAUAGUGAUAAGGUUUCUACAGCAACGAUCCCUUGAUAGCAUUAGAUAUUUAGAAGCAAAUUUAUUAUGGUACCCUUCAGACUUAAGCCUGUUAACACAACAUUACAAAAUAUUGGCAACCCCUACUACACAUGAGUGUUUAAGCAAGUGCAUUUUACUUAGAUUAAUUGAAAAAUCCAGUGGAUAUAGAUUCUCUGGUGGAAUAGAUCUUUAGCCUCAGGGAGGAAUAUAUGUAAAUAGCUAUAAAUUAUGCCGGAAACCUAAACAGUCUUAGUAAAAUCCAGUAAGACUGCUUAUGAUACUUAAAAAUGGAAGGUUACGAUCCCAGUGCACUGAAUGUUAAAUAUACAUUGGCAGGUUAUCACUGCUGCCCUGGACUGAUUAGUGGCUUAGGAGGAUGAUAGAUGCUCUAACUGCUAAUAAGUUUGCUUUGAUCUGUGUAUUUACAAGAAAUGUGUACAAAAAAAACUUGGCAAGAUUACAACUUAAUUAUGUGUCAUUAUGCUGUGUAGGAAGAAUAAUUGAAAUGUGGCCCCUGAGACUAAAUAGUGCAAAUAUACUGCAUCUUAUUUUAUUUAGAUAGACAGGCUAAAUUAGCUGUGUGAUGAAUUUGUUAUGAAUACAAUUAUUCAGUUGGUAAGUGGAUGUAACACAUGUCUAGGUCUGAAAAGGAUCCUUACUCCAUAAAAUAUUUCUGGUUCAAAUAGUUUUUGCUGUAGAUCAAAGUAGUUUUAUAAGUGAAUAUUGACGAAGAGGUCGGGUUUCUGUAAAAGAUGAAAUAUUUUGCAUUGCAGUGGUUUGACUUGGGGGGAAUCAAACCUUGCCCUUUGUUUUCACAACUUCUUUCAGGGAGUGCUCAGUUACUGCUUUGUAGAGCAAAGCAAGUCUUGAAGCAUUAGCUCUGCAUAUUGGCUUUGAACGCUACCCAUCCAUGAAUUUGCUAAGGCUGAUCUUGCUUGCUGGUCAAGAGUUAUUAUAGGAACACAGGAUGUGAUCCAAUAGUUUCACCUUGUGAAGCCAUCAUUUUGUUCCCAGCGCAAGAAGGUUGGAUACUAUCCAUAUGACGCAGUCUUAUUCCAGAUCAGGCUAUUUGUUGGGCAUGUGUUUCACAUUCUCUUCUACCUGAUUUUUUUAAAAAAUGUUAAAAAUAAAAGCAAAUAAAUUGGAAUUUCCACGGAUUGAACCCUGGCCCUUUUGCAGUCCUUCUCCAAUGUGAACUUCAGCCAGGAGAGGUCAUUUUCUACAUCAGUGCCACUUCCUUCUGACCUUGGUUGGGCCACCUGCAUUCUGUGUUGUUUUAUUGUUUGUUUGUUUUAAAAAACUUGCUCUAUCUCUAAAUGGUACUAUAAAAUGUUAGCUAGCAGAACCUUUUCUGACCUAUGAAAGCAUUCCUGAGUGUUACAAAAUUAAUAUUCUUCUGCUUAGUUUCUAAAGAUAUUAGCAGUGCAAACUUUCAAGUCUGCUGUAUUCGCCUUCAGGGUAGGAACUAUUCGGGGUGCAAGUUGGAACAGUAGUACUGCGUGUUGCUGAUUUUGUUGGUGGUGGAUUUCAAAGAAAUGUCCACCCCUGAUUUUUUAUUUCUUCUGUGCUGGUUGUAUAAAGAACUGUUCCAGUUGAGUGUGAGGUUUUAGGGAUAGCUGCUUUUGUGCUUCAUUUUCUUCUUCCAGCUUAUAUUGGGAUAUCGGAAUAUCUGAACUGAAAUGAAUUGUCACUGCUUGAGGACUGAAGAACUAUCUAUUUGUUUGUAUUCUUAAAUCUAGGUUAACCAUAGGAGUUGUAACAUUAUGAAAUGCAUAAAAUUACUGUUUUUUGCUAGGUGAGCGUGGUCCAAGACUCAGUGAAUAUAUCAGGACAGUCCAGUACAAACACACUAAAGGUACCUGAAUGCCGGCUAGCAGAAGAUCUAGGAAAUCUCUGGGAAACAACAAGAUUUACAGAUUGUAGCUUUUAUGUAGGUGGAGAAGAGUUCAAAGCUCAUAAAUCUGUUCUUGCAGGUACCUGCUCCUUCUGUAUUUAUAAUUUGUUUGAUAAAAUUAUUUCGACCUUGGUAUGGUACUAAUGCUUUUGUCUCUUGCGACAGCUCGUUCACCUGUUUUUAAUGCAAUGUUUGAACAUGAAAUGGAGGAAAGCAAAAAGGUGAGUGAAUGUUAUCGUCAUAUGAUUUGUAAAGGAGGGUUUGUUUGUUUUUACAGAAAACUGUAAGCUUUUGGUGUAGAUCAAGAAUGCAGUAGCUGGGUAACUGGGUUAGGUUAACUGAUUUUAAAAAAACACCUUACAAUUAGCUUAAAAGGUGAUUGAGAUUUUAAUUGAACAUUGUUUAAAAUGGCAAUUAUUUAUAGUGCAGAAAAACUAUGGGCAAUAGUUCCACAUUAGAUGGGGCAUUUUGCCUUCAUGCUCUCCCGGGGGCAGGGGGUGGGCUGCAUUUUUAACAAGACUAAUGCAUGGCACAAGAUGGCCUAGCUGCUCCUGAUACGGUCAUUGUUACCAAACAAAUUGAGGGGCAAAGGAUAUAGUUGUGAGGAUUUAAUAUUGAGAAGCAUUUAAAUAAAACUGGCAUUUCAUUCAAAUUGGACCUUACCCUCAGAAAUGGAAAUGGAGGGAGUAAUUGUAUGAGAAGCAUAGAAUUAACAUGCCUGACCCUUAAGAUUAGAAGAGUUAGACAGAUUCCAUCCAUUUCAGCAAGUGCAGUUUUAUGGUUCAGCAUGCUCUAGAAACCUGUCUGAAAUGUAUGUAGAGACCCAUGGAACUAAGAUGUUAAGAGUAAGAGUCUCCGAUUUUUAACUUUCGAGUAGGAUUUGAAUGUGCCCACCACUUAGAAUAGGAUUCCAAGCAACUACAGCAGGAGCUAAAUAUCUCUUGUCACGUUACAUCAGGACACUUUGGAUAUGAAAUAGUAAGCUAUUAGGAAUUACACAGUGUAGAUGGCUUGUAAUAUUUUAAGUCGGAACCAUGACAAGUUUUUUCUGUUUCACCUAACAGAAUCGUGUAGAAAUAAAUGAUGUAGACCCUGACGUUUUUAAAGAGAUGAUGAGGUUCAUUUAUACCGGGAAAGCUCCAAACCUUGACAAAAUGGCCGACAGCUUGUUGGCAGCAGCAGACAAAGUAAGUAAUUGCCUAUACAAGGGCUUUAUAGGUCAUUUGAAUGAAACCCAAAAAGUGUUUCUUUUGGGAGAUUUUUAUAUAGUUAAGAAAAGCACAGUAAGGAACUGGAUUAUUAGCAGUAGAAAUAUAUUAGAAGACAUAAGAUCCUAUGUAGUUUAGCUAAGUGCUUCCUCUCAGGUGUUCUGGGUGUCUUUAGAAAGAACUUGAGGAACAGCUGCCUUUGUAUGCUGUUGUGUGAAUUGAAUGGAUUUGUUUACGAAGAGUAAAUAUGCAAAGACAAGUGAUAGAGGACUAAUUCAGGCCUGUUUCCCCUUACGCUGUGUCCAGACAUUAUCACGGUGUCACUGAUACAGAGGGGGAGCUUCAGAUGUUGUUUAAAGCUUAAGAUGACAGCAGCAGGCUUUUUAUAGCUAAUAGUGGGCAAAUUGUAUUUAAGCUGUAUAUAUACAUAGGUCCUCUUCAGAUACAGCCGCUGGGUAACAUAACCAGCCGGCACAGUCCCAUUCCACCUCACACAGCCACUGAAUGUGUGUUUGAAGGGAGUCUGUGUAUUUCCUUACAUUAACACAGUUGGCAAUUCUUUGAGGGGCCAAUUACUUCACAGUUACUAGAAAGUAGAUACCUAUUAGAAAUGUCUGCUUUUUAGAUUAAGGUAGGAAAGAACAAAUGUGAACAACAACGGGCUUUCCCCCUCUUCCUUUAGUAUGCACUGGAACGGCUAAAGAUCAUGUGUGAAGAAGCUCUGUGUAGUAACCUCUCAGUAGAAAAUGUUGCAGACAUCCUCAUCCUCGCAGAUUUGCACAGUGCAGAGCAGUUGAAAGCACAAGCAAUAGAGUUUAUUAACAGGUAUGUAAUUGACUUCCUUUCUUUAAAAAGAAUUUGCAUCCUGUGAAGUGAAAUCUCCUGAAAAAUUAAUAUCUGGAUAUUCUCUCAUGCCACAGGUGCAGUGUUCUUAGGCAACUUGGUUGUAAAGAUGCGAAAAACUGGAACAGCAAGUACGUACUGGCUACGCUUCAAAGCCGUCUGUAAACAGUGUGUGGUAUUUGGCACAAGUCCUGUAAUCAGAGUAGACCUAUCAAAGCUAAUAGAUGUGACUAAGGGUCAUUAAUUGGCUAUACUCUGAGUAAAACGUGGUUGAAUACAACCCAAUCAGUUUUUGUUGUCUCGAUCUUAAAUUCUAUCAUAGCAGAAUAAACAAUGUAUACCAAAAACAAAUAAUUAGAAUACCAGUGUCCAUAUAGAUUUGUUCCCAACUUCCUCUUGCGAAAGAAAUGAAGCCACUUUCUGUUACCAACUUUUUCCUGUAUCUCCAUUUUCUGUAGACUUAAGCAGAGUUGAAACUGAGACUAUGGGUGGAAUUCCAGGUCACACUCUUCUGAUUGUUCCAUCAGCGCAAGCAUUUCUGCUUGCCAGAUGGAGCAGUCCCUCUUCUCCUCCCCCCGCCCCAAAUGUGUUCUUCUGGGGGUUUUCCUCAUUCCCUAGAGCAAAUUUGGGGGAGGGGGGGAACCAUGUUUCAAUAAUGGGAGCCCUUCCCCCUGGCUUCUGCUAGCACACUUGAGCUGGUUGAAUCCGGGCCAGCAAUUCUUUCCUUGUGCAUAGGGCACUGAAAUUGACAGAGAAUAUCUUCCACUGUUCUCAUACCACAAGUGCAGCAUCUUAAGUAACAGAAGAUAUUCUUGUAAUGUCCAUCUGGAACAGUAUAGGGCCUGUGCUGAAACCUUAAACAAGCUUCCAAUGUUGAUCCAGGACUUGAAGAUCUGAAAGACAGCUUUUGUAGUCAUGGUCAAACUUAAUCAUGUGAUUCAGAGAAGGCAAUGUUGGACUGACUACAAAUUUUUAAAUUCUGCUUUGGUAGCAGGGUGGCUGGGGUGACCCAACGGGAUGGGUGGGGUACAAAUAACAAAAAUUUGGCUUAAAAUUGAAAAACAAGUUUGCUGCAGAUUCUCCAAAAGCUAGAUUGUCCUUUGCAGCCAAGUGCACAGCUGAAAAAAUUAUCCUUAAUAAUACAAUGCUAUGCAUGUUUACUCAGAAGCAACUCCCAUUGAGUUAAUGGGGCUUGCUUCCAGAAAAGUAUGCACAGUAUCACAGGUACUCUUCUAAUCCAUGGCUUAGAUAUACCAGCAAGCUGAUUUACCUGGGAGCAUGUCCCAUUGAACUUACUGUAGUAACUUCAAAGUGGACUUACAUAGGAUUGCAUUGUCUCCUGAACCUGAUUCUUGUAAUUCUUUUAUUGACAGCCAAGCCACGGACAUCAUGGAAACGGCCGGCUGGAAGUCAAUGAUCCACUCCCACCCCCACUUAGUAGCUGAGGCCUUUCGAGCGUUAGCAUCUGCACAGUGUCCACAGUUUGGCAUUCCACGCAAACGACUAAAACAGUCAUGAAAUCUUCCAUGAACUAUAGAGAAUAUAAGACUCCUCAUCCCUGUCCAGAGGGGUUUCCACAGACCAUCUGCCAGAAUUUGCUACCCCCUGUCCACAGAACAGAAAGCUUUUAAGAGUGGAUAGUAAUAUAUGGUUUAAUAAUCAGCUUUAAUUUAGACUGAUAACUCUCCAGUUCACUGAAAGGCCUUAACGUCAGUUACUCUAGUUCAUUUGUGGUUUUCUUUUUCCUUUUUCUUUUUAAAUUGUGCCUCGUCUUUUUGACUCGGCUAUGUAGGAUUGCACUAGCUCCAUAAUGCAGUAAUGCUGAUAAAUGAAGACCGUUCUUGAAAGGGAUCUUCCUUUUUUUAAAAAAAACAAAACAGAACCCAAAAUGAAGAGUAUAAUUUGGUCUUGUGGUAACUGGAAGGUUUCAACUAGCCUCUUAUUAAAAGCGCUUGAGUUGAGGGGCAGCAAGCACUCCAGUCAAAGUACUGUAUUUAGGGUGCAUCUGUCUACCUUCACAGGGUGCUGCCAGGCAUGCUGUGGCAAUAUACUACUCUGAAUAUAAUUUAUUUUUCAUUGGUUCAGGUGAGUGAGAGAAAUAUGCAAUGUCUUGGCCCAGAAAUGUAUUUUGCUAGAAUUUCUAAAUGCUUACUCCGUGAGUGUCUCCAUCAGAUGUUAAAAGAAACACACAGUAACCCUUUUUGGCCUGUGUUCCUUUACGAUUCGUUGCUAUUUAACAUUUACAUUGUACUGAACCAGAGCGAAAGCUAGUAUGGAGAGAGAACAAGUGAUAUAUGCUGGGGAAGAAGUGGUUAUUUCUCACAUGGGAUACAUGGAAGGUCAAGGAUGCAUAAGAAUGACCAAAUGUAAAUUUCAGAAAUGGGCCAAAUUAUGGAUUCUCAGUAUGCACUUUUAAUGUGUAACUUUUGUAUGUUGUCUGGUACAUAUAUAUUUUGGUUUUGAUAAAUAUGGUACAGCAAUUGUGGCCUAACUUUUGAAAUACAUUAAGAUGCCCACAGCCACAUGGGAUUUAGUUUUGUUACUGCAAACAAGGAAAGCAUGACUUUAGAGAUGUUGAUUCAAAGUGACUAUCUCAAGUGUUCAUGUUAGAAUCCAUUCUAUUUUCACACUUUGGGCAGGCUUAGCUAUGUUCCUUUAGUGUGUGUAUGCACAAGCCUGUUCACACUAGUGGAAGUUGCACAUACACACACUUAACAGGAAGAAUAGGAGUCUGAAACGUCAGUAUUUAUAAGCACUGACUUGCUGUUUUUAGCAUUUGCUAUUGUACUAGCAUUGUGGAUGGUAUUGAAAUUCUGCAUAAUGUGAAAAGGAUAUAACAACCUGUAAACUGCUUGUAAAGGGCCAGUUUUUCUAUACAAACCUUCGCUUUAAUGCCACCACUUCCAGUGUUUUUGCUAGCUUUGUUUACAGUUGGGAAGAUUUGUCUGCAGCAGUGCACAUUUGUAAACGCUUCUUGAAUGAUUGACAGUGAAUUUUACUUUAAACCUGGUGAUGUGCUAGAUCUGUUGCGUGGUAAAAGUUGUAUUUAACCAUAGGAAAAGGGAAUUGCUCUGAAUUUUUAACUAAAUAUUUUAAUUGACCCGUUUGAUUCACAUGUGUACUCUAUUAAGGUUUGUUUACCUUCUCAAAAAGUGCCUCCUUUCUGUUUUCAGUGAGGAGCAUUGACAUGUUUAAAGUUCUCGAGCAUGUUUAUUAAUUUGAGUAAACAUUUAUUAAAGAACAGUCGGGGGCAAGCAGAGUGCUCCCAAGCCAGCACAGUGCUAAAAUGUGAAACUUACCCACCUUCUGGCUAAACUCACUCUUUAGGGUGACUUGAAUGCAGUAUUUGAAUUAUCAUCCUUCAGGCACAGUUAAAUGCCAUUUUAAUUGCACUCCUGGUGGUUUCAGUGGGCCUCAAUAUUACUCAGUGAACCAAACCGAUACAGAGAUGCAUCAUAGAUUUUAACAUUUAUUGGCAGUUUCUCCUAAUCCAAACUAAGGUCUUGUAGGUGUUUUAUCAGGUAAGCUGUGUCCCUCCAUUGCAGAGAAACUUCUGCUGCAGUGUAAGAAAUUAUCAUAAUGAGCAGCCUCGCAAUGUGAAAGUUGCAGCUAUAAUAUACAGAGUGACUUGACUAUUUAAUACCAUAAUUGUCCAUUUCAGCUUAUUCAGAAGCUGCUAGAUAGAGCAAUCAGAUGGAAGAUCUUAAGCAUUUUGUUUACAAGUUUUUAAAAAGCAUAAUAGCACACUUUGUACCAAAAAAUAAUAAUUAAAACACUGUGCUGUAAGAAUUUCUACAACUCUAUGAAAAGUCCACUUGUCAAAUUAACAAAUUUAUGUCACAUGGUACACUUAGCAGCCAAUCAUGAUAACUGAUAUACACGCAGGUCCCACUAUGGAACACUGUUUAUCUGGAAUUUCAGUUAUCUGUACACAAAGAAUUAUACCCAAACCUCACUACACAAAUGGCUGAUUCAGAUAUCGGAACAGCCAGCGUUUACCCACUUCCUUACUUGUUUGUGGUUUGCUGGUCUGCAGCAGCCAUUUCAGGCAGACAGGGAGAUCAGACAAAUCAUGGAUUAGAAAUGUUCCCAUAGGAAACAUUGGAAACCAUCAGCUUGUUAUGUGAACACUUGCCUAUCAAACGAUUUCCUGGAAAUGCAUUGUGUUCUGAAAGUAGGAGCUGUGUGUAUAUUGUUCCAUACAUUUGCUAUUAAAAAUACACAAAAAGGGUUAAACAAAUCCUCAUCCUGCCCCCUGCCCCCCUUUAGUGAACCACAUGCAGUGUUUUCACUCUUCCGAUAGUGCUGGCAAGAACAAUUUUCUCUGUCUUGCUGCAGUCUGAUUACAUUUCCUCUUGUUCCAUAUGAAAAAAUCCUGAUUGGAACUAGACUUCUCUUUCCAGAGAAGAGAUCUAAAGUCCAUUAGAGGUUCUCAGUGGGAAAAGGUGAGAAAGGUGAUUUUCACUUCCUUCCUCCUUCAGCCCCAGCGCUCCAUCUUCCAGCUGUCCUGCAGGGUCACCUGACCCCAUAGAGCAGCUUUGGGGGGGAUGCAUGGGGCUAGGAGCAGGGGAAAAUUGGUAGCAAUCACCCCUUCCUCCACUGGAGGGCCCUGUUGAUUUGGUUCAGCUUAUUGAUAGCCUUGAUCCUCCCCCUAGUGCUGCAGGAGAAAAGGUCUGUUUGCACAUGCUUUUUAUUGCUGAAUACUUGACAUUUGGUGAGAAUAGUAACAGUCUACUCAUUGGGAUUUUCAGCACAGUUACCCAAGUGCCAUGUUUGGCUUGCCAACUCUGUCCCUUCAAUACCCACUGGCCAUCACCAUCAACCCCCGCCCCCCAAGGGAGCACCCUGCAUGUGUUGUGUAAUGGUAUGUGAGUUUUUAACAAAGAUUUAUUUUUCAGAAAAACAGGACUCUGUUGCUGUUAAAAGUGGCAGAGGUUUCACUUAAUUGAAGUAUGAGACAAUGUACUUCAGUGAAGGAAACUUCAGUAACCCAUCCAGAUUUCGACAGUCCAUUUACUGCAUGCUGAAGUAUGAAUGCAUAGUGCCUUUUUGAAAUAUAAUGGGAUGAAUUUGUUUUUGAAAAUUCUUGGAAAAGGUAUAGAGGAGUACUGAUGUAUGAUGAAUACAUGAAUGCAGAAUAGAGUGGGUAUAUGUACGACAGUUUGUCUAUCUUCAGAAGCUACAGAUGCAAAAUAUUUUUCAGACGUCUAUUUUCUCUGUGCUCAGUAAACUCUGAAUUCUAAAAUGAGGUUAUUGAUAGAAGAAAGGCUUAAGAUGAUUUGUGUUGGGGUUGUGUGUGUUUUUUGUUGGCAUGGUUUCAUUAUUUAAGUAUGGAAUUUCAAUGAGUUUUUGAUGACAUCUGCCUUCUAAGAGUAACACAGAGUACAGUAUCUGUGUUUGUCCCCUUAUGAAGAGGCUGUUCCUUCAAGGUCAAGUCUAAAUAAUUGUGCUAGUAAAGUUCCUAUAGAAAUUGCGAGGUUAAACAGUGGGAGAUGCUUUGUUUUUAGGCUAUAACAUAUGAUUUUUUAAACCAAUUGAUGUUUGUCCCAAGUUUUAAUUCUUAUUGGCUGGGUUGGUUGGAUUUUCUUACCACUUCCUACAAACUGUUAGGUACUGGUUUGUUUUACAACACAAGUACCUUGAAUUGCUUGCUUCCUGCUUGCAGCAAAUGGACUUCCCCUGAAAUGGACACUCAUUAUUUUUGCCAGUGUUUGCUGUGGUUUGCGUUAAUCAUACUCUGUAAUCUAGUUAAUCCUGGAUUUUGAUAUGUCAGAAUGAAGGUUUCUCUUUAGUUCUGUUUUAGAAUCUAAACAUUGGAAGGACUUUAAACCUGGGUCUUAGCUGGGAGUUAUUCACAUUACCUAUCAUGUUAAACACUUGCAUCAAACCAUCCAGCCUUUUAUAUCCGCCUGAUGUUAACAGUGAAAUACUUUUUGUACCUUGUUGCUGAAAAUAUUUUUGCAUUUCAGGACAUCAAGUUACAAUAAAGUUGUUACUUAUACAGAAAUCUUCUGUGUACCUUGUUGUCUUUGAGACACUGACUUUGCUACGUUUCCCUUGACAUAUAGCAACGUCAACGAUGAUCACAACGUUGUUCACUGUCUUGACAAUUUUUUUAUUCAGAAAUCAAUAGAAAACAGAUCACUUUGUAUACACUGGUUUACAACUUCACACACACACACUAUAUUAAUGCUGAUUUUAGAGAAGGACAUAGGCUGCCACAUUGUAGGAAGUGUCAUAAAGAAUCAUAUUCAAAAUUUGGAGUGGCAUCUAUGGGUACAUCUGCACUGAGAGCUAGGGCACUGACCGCUUCCUACUGAAUUUUCACUUGAAGAAACCUUUCAUAGCCAAUAGAAGGUUAUUUCAGAUCUCAUUUUGGGGGUUACAGUUGGGAAGGGGAGAGUUGUGGCAUGUGCGCUGCCCACAGUAAUAUCUCUGGUCUGUCUGCAAUACAUUUUACUAACUAAUUUGCCAGUUUGCAAAUGUUGGAAGAUAAAAACAGGUAUUUGUCAUCCGUGACGUCCAGGUCAGACUACUGUAAUGAGCUCCAAAGCACAUCCCAUUGAAGAUGACUUGGAAACUUUAGGUGGUACAAAAUGUUGCUGUCCAUCUAUGGAAUGAAAUGAGCUGGUGAGAAUAUAUUACUAUGUUUUCAAGCCACCAGCAUAGGUUGCCAGUUUGGGGCCUGAUUUCAAAUCCCGACUUUUGAUCUACCUAGAGCAGGGCUUUCUCUGUUGUGGCACCUGAGCUACAGAAUUCUCUCCCUAGAAAAUCAUGUUUUGCCUUCUUUUCCUGGCCUCUUUUAAAAUACUUUGGCAGGUCUUUGGCAGAAAUCACAUUUGUUAACUUUGACCAUUUUUACACUUGUUGGCAAUGAGUUGGAGCCAGACCUGUUAUCCUACAAAUAGAAGGACUCUUUCUGCUAGCAGAAAUGUCUUGAAUCUAGCAGAAGCUCCCAUGAACUGGGUGCCCCCUCAGGCAGACAAGGAAGUGAUAUAUGCCACACCCCACAACCCAUUGAAGCAUAUUUUUCUUUUUGGGAAGGGAAACAAGGUAUUUGCAAGAGUUUACUGGAAUUCUGUUCUGUGCCACUCUGGAUAUUAGUCCUUGUAUUACUAAGACUUUUUCAGUAUUCUUGUUUUAGUUUCACAAAAAUGCAAAACGUUUAGUGAUGAUUUAUAAGUAUUGUUUAUAUCAUACUCUGCAGGAUCUCUAGGUAUUUUCACCACACAAGUACUUUGAUUGCUUACUUCCAACUUAAGAGAUGCCUUGGCUGUUUAAUUGCUUCGUUAUUAAAAGCGUCUGCUCCGAACCAAUAGUUUAAGAGGCAGAUAUUCAUAACAGAACUAUCUGCAUUUCAAACUAUUGGUUUGAAGCAGAUGGUUAGCAAUUUGAAUUCCAGUCAGCAUAUUAGCACAAAACUUUUCAGCGACGGUCAUCCUGGGGUAGAUGGCUUCACCCAAAGUGUAGGCAAAGGACUGAAGAGGGAAGGGAGUAUUGUGAAAUAAUGGCUUGAAAAAUAAAACUGCUCCCUUUCCAAAGCAGGCUGGGUUGUGAGGUACUGCAAAGAUUGAUGCCCAGUUUGGGACUGAGUCCCUCCGCUUCCCAGCAGCACUUCAUCCCAUAUUGUUUAGGAGGCCAUAUUGUUUAGAAGGUGAGUUUUUGAAAAUGUAUUUUUAUAUAACUCUGGAUUUCUAGCCAUAGUUCACCAAAGGCUUAUGUCACGAAUCAAGCUAUGUAUCCAGUUUAAGGGUAAUAAGUAAUGUCAGUCAUGCUGAAUAGACAUACUGAAAUCUGAACUUCAAUAAAUGGGAUAACCCCCAAAGUUUUUCUUAAAACUUCUUUGUCAAUAACCUUCAACCCGGGGGGCGGGAGGGAACACUCUGGUCAGGUCUGGUUAAUUUGAAAGCAAAACAUUUAAGAGGCCGUAAACUGUACUAUUUGUUGGAGGGUGAGGUGGGAAGUGGGUGUGGAUAGAAAAAAUGCUCUCCAGUCACUUAGAUAUUAAUAGCAGACUCCUACUUUUGACAAGCUGACAGAAUUAGAGAAUUGAAACUUGAUGAAUCUUAAUGUUUUCUGUCAUGUAGCUCAAUUUCCCCAAAUUAUUUCUCCAAUUAGUUCUAGUCUUUUGUGAAGGAAUGUCUAAUGAUAAUUAAUACAUUCUUUUCUAUUUGCAUAUUCAAGCUCGAGCAUGUCUAAAACAUGCAGGUUUGUUGUGAGGGCAAGUCAGAAUUUCUGCAGAGGUAAAGAAAUGUCAUAAAUACACACUACACGGAUGAGCCCCCCAGAUUUUAAAGUACAACCUUUUCCCCUUCCUAAAGCACAGAAUCUUAAUUAGCAUACUUUAACUAGAUCCUGUUAAGUGAGCUAGACAUCAGUCUCCAUUUCUCUAUACAGGCAUCCCCCCACUUAUGCGGGCUUAUGUUCCGGGUGCUGCACACGUAAGUGAAAUUGUGUAAAAAAAACCCCCACUAAAUGCCUAUUUUCCCCUGCUCUCCAUCUCUCUCCCGCUCUCCAAUCCAGACCAAAAUAUCUAGAGUUGAAGCUCUGGGACCAUCUAGAAGCUAACAGAAAGCACCUGCUGCUGCUGUGCUGCCCAGCACGUCAGCUGUUAGGCGGGGAAGCUGAGCAGCCUAAAUAAAGUCCCGAUGCAGCUCAGAUUUCUUUGAGACUUCCUCUGCCCACACUGACAUCCUCUUCGGGCUCCGGAGAAGGUCUCCUCACAAACCACAAGGACUCUCCAGCUCUCUUCCACCAUUUCCUGGUAUGAUUCUAUUUGUUUCUCGGCACCAUGCAUAAAUGUUGUUUAGUUGUUUAGUCGUGUCCGACUCUUUGUGACCCCAUGGACCAGAGCACGCCAGGCACUCGUGUCUUCCACUGCCUCCCGCAGUUUGGUCAAACUCAUGCUGGUAGCUUCGAGAACACUGUCCAACCAUCUCGUCCUCUGUUGUCUCCUUCUCCUUGUGCCCUCAAGUGAUCAUGGAGCCCAAGAAAGUAAAAUCUCUCACUGCCUCCCCCUAUGCACAUCAGGGGAACCCGCAUAAGCCUGCCCAGCCCCCAUUCCUCUAAGUCGAAAAGGACCCAUACGUUGGCAGUCACUUAUCAAUUGGACAUGCCUGAAAUGGUCGCUGCCUGUAGCAGAAUUUGUAGGAUCCCUAAAGGGAGCAGUGUUUCUUGACAAGAAGCAGAGCCAAACUUCCUCACCCAGGCUGAGGUGACGUUCAAGCACUUUUAGAGGUAUGAUUAAAAGGCAACAGAUUGUCAAUUACAGAGUUAUGUUGUUGUCACUAUUAAGGGGUGUUCUUUGGAUGGAUGGAUGGAUGGAUGGAUUAUUUAUUUAUUUAUUUUCCUUGGGUGUUUAUGAUACAUAUUGCUACCUGGUCCCACCAGCUUCAACAGUAGAAGUCUGAAACUUAUCACGAUGGUAGCAUUUUGCCAGUAUAUACAUAAUACUUAUUUAAUUAUUUAAAUAAUUCCUUUAUUUAUUUAUUUAUUUAUUUAUAAACUCGCAAGCAGUUCACAACCUAAUUUAAAGCAUUAAAUAAAGCUUUACAAAAUAAAUAUUGCAUACAAAGGUCAAAUAUAAAUGACAUAUUUAAAGCAGCACAGUUAACAGUAAAACAAAAAUAUUAUCUUAAAUUUAAAAGCAUUGCGGGUACAAUAAACUCCCCUCAAAACAGCCUCGUUCAUGAUAAAAUAAAAUAACAGUGACACAAGCUUCACCCACACUUUCCACAUAUAGUAGGCUUAAAAUCUGCAUCCCUUGUUUGCGGCUUUCACAAAGCAAUUUACUCCACAUCACUGUGAAAAGCUGUUUACUUGUGUGUGUGUGUGUGUCAUCAUUCUAGAUGUGCAGCUGCAGGAUGUGAAAAGUCCAUCACAUGGUGAUAGUCACUGUAUGGGGUGAAUUGACACGUGACUAUAUCACGCAAAACAAGCCCCAGCUUAGCAGGGCCUAGAGUGGGGAACUCCUUUCAACCUUGACCAUUGGCUAAGGUGACUGAGGUUGAUGGGAAUUGAGAAUCCAACAUCUGGAGGGCUUCAGGUUCUCCUCCUCAUUGCACCCUUGACACCUUUUCACUCUGGGCUGUAUUGAAAUAUUCUCAAGUGUUUGAAACACAGUUUGAGAGAGUUCCUUCUUGCCACAGAUAUCUAAUCGGUCCGUGGUACUUUGACUAGGUCUUUUGAACAGAGAAAAAACUUCUCACGCCAGAUGUUGGCUUGAAGAUGGAUAGGCAGCUAAUUUUAAAAAUAAAAACUUAUUCUAGACAAAUAUUGGAGAGACCUUUAUACUCUUGCACUGCAUUUAUAACACAUCCUAUUUAAUAUAGAUUUAUUACAUUUUCUUUUUUAUAUGGAAGACCAAAAAAAAAGAGAGGAUAUGGCUUGUGAGUGGACAGGGAAAGUAAUAACUUCCAUCUGCCCGAAGUGGCCUUUGAUUCAGGAAUCUGCCAACAAUAGGAGUGUUAUCAGCUUUAUUUGGACAGACUUUGCCAUUACCUGACAAAGGGAGCAAUUAUGAGAGCCAAUGUGAGCAAUUUUGCUAAUGCUACCUGACUUCAUGCUUCUAAACAGAGCAAUAAUCAAAUUUAUUUGUGAUGUGUGUUGAGGAGAAUGCAAAUGGAACACUCCACUGAACACUUGUGAACUGUAAAUAGAGCAUGAAAUCACUUUUGCACAGUAAUUCUAAAAAAUCAACACUCUACCCCCCCAAUCCCUCCCCCCACUUUUUGCAAUAUGAGUUUUGCUGUGAGAAUGUAAAAUUAGGUACAGUACAAUCUGUGACUGGACUAGGCAUUUAGGAAAUGGGGUGUAAGUUUAACAAGGAGAAAAGAUCAAGUAGAAAGUCCUUUUUGCACAAAAAUGCCCCAGCUGUGUUCAGCAUAGAAAGUUUAUUGACCUUAAGUCCUAUUGAAACAAUGGACUAAUAAUGCACAAAAUAAUGGACUAAAUAAUGACUGAGUUAUCUCACUGGUUUCAGUGGGAUAUACGGUGACCACCUUUUCUAUGGAGUGAGGUCCAUGGUUUACAGACUGCAGGUUGAUGGACAUGCAUUUUUAUUUUGGUGGGAGGGAUCAUGCUGUGGAAGGUUGCAUGUACGCACACACAUAAUUUUGUAUCCCAAAGCUGACCUAUAGCAGGCACCCCCAAACUCAGCCCUCUAGAUGUUUUGGGACUACAAUUCCCAUCAUCCCUGGCCACUGGUCCUGUUAGCUAGGGAUGAUGGGAGUUUUAGUCCCAAAACAGCUGAAGGGCCGAUUUUGGGGGUGCCUGGUCUACAGCUAUUUGUGUUUACAAUUAUGUGGCUGAAAGCCAUGUUGUGUUACAAACCUUGUUAUUUGGCAUUGUAAAUGCAGUAGGGAGACCUCAAACUUCUGAGUUGCCUCAUUCUUCCCCCCCCCCCCCGCAAAUGCCUCUCUCCUCUCCUCACAAGCCUCGCCCCUCUAUUUUUUUCUUUUCUAAUAAACUAAAUCAAACUAAAGGAAUUCCCAGCACUCAAGAGGGGAUGGGGGUAGAGAGAUGGGGGGGGGGAAUCUUUGCAAUUUCCCCAGCACUCUCCAUUCACAGUGAUUUGGGGGGAGGGAUGUUGAAGUAAAAUUAAACAGAGGUGCUCUUUGUAUGAGUUGUGAUUCUCUUCUGAGUUUUGGUUGUGAAAGCAGGGUGUAAGCAGUGCAAUUAGACUCUUGGGGUGGCCUGCUUCUUUCCCAAUCUAUUCUUUGUCCUAAUACACAAUUUAAAAACAUUGCCCUCUUCCCCUACCUCACAGAGGGUACUUCCACGAAGGUGGAGGGUGGUGGUGAGAAAAAACGUUUUUUGUAACUAAGUUAUCUUUUUAAUAGGGAAGGUACCCAGGGGCAUCUCACUCAUGUUCCCAUUUUUCAAACUGAUAGCCCCUAAAAAGAGGGAUUCUGAUUUCUAUUUUCCAAGAGACCAGUUGUACCUGUCUUUUGGGAAAUUGUCACACUUUGCCCCCUCAGAAGAGGCAACCAUGCUAGCAACUUGCAUCCAAUUCUGACAGAAAAUAAAAAAGUUAAGGAUUUCUUAUUGGAAAAUUUAGCCUGAAAAUUAGUGGGCUUAAUCCACUUGAGGGGUUCCUUUGCCUGAAAAUUUCAUCCACUUGUGAAAAAAGUUGGCCAUUUUUAGACUUCACAUUAUUAUCAAUGGGUACGAAGCAGAACUUCAGAUUUAACACAGAUCAUAUCUGGACCUCAAUGUCAAUUUAAUUGGGAUAACUGAGUGGCUCUAAAACAGAUUGCUCUGCUUCCAAUGGAUACAAGGUUAAUAUUUUUGUCAUUGCAUACCCCUAGUAUAUGUCUAAGCCCACCUCUCUCUCUGCCCAUUGCUUUUAUGAACUCCAGUCAAACAAUAUUCUCCCAUCCCACUUUGUGUGAUACCUUUUCUACCAUGGAAAAUUUUGCUGCUCUUCCGGCAGCCAUCAUUAAAGCUGAAUUUGGCUGAAUUUGGUCCCUUUUAUUGAUUGCAGUGCCUAUCAAGUGUCUUUAUCUCACAAUUUGCUAAGUUAUCCAAACCUGUAUAAAUAAUCAGUAGUUUGAAUAGCUAAUCAAGCAUGAUAAUCACAAAGGUGCAAAUGUGUGCUUGGAGGAUAUUUCUUUCAUUUAGUGUGUUCCUUCUGUCGUGAAACGGAAUGUAUUUUUCCAGUACUCCGUACAUUGUGCUUUCAUAUUCUGCAGCAGAUUAAAAUGUCAAUCAUCUUUUCCCUAGUUCAUAUAGUGUGUCCUCUAAGCCUCAGGGAAGGGGCGCGCAUGUCUAGGUUUGCUUCUGCCCCACCAAUAAAAAGAGCCGUGUGGAAUGAAAUAUGUGUGAGGCGGCACAGCGAGAUGUCAAAUUUGUCCCGAAAUAAUGAGUUAGCGCCAAAUGCUAAUUAAAUAUUGAUGAAAGUCAUACUUUCAAUUAUCUUCAUUAUGGCCUGAUGUUUUAUGUAGACAUUAAGGGCUUGGAGUAGGAGCUCAUAUUGUAAUUAGUUGUGCUGUACAGAAGCACAAGGUAUUUUUCUUCUGGGACGAACUGAGGGCUGGGCUGAAAGCGAAGAGGCACAUUUUGCAAUAAUGCUCAGCGCUGUCAGAUUUCAGCAUUUGGUGGCAUUUUUAAAAGUUAGUCAUAGUCAGAUCAUUUGUAUACCCCAUUUUCCACAGAUUUGUGCUCAAAGCAGAUUACAACACCUAACAAUUAAAACUGUUGCAGCACUAACAGUUCAACAAUGAACAAUUUUCAUAUAUAUGUAUAUGAAAAUUAAGGGAGUAUGAAGCUUACCAACAGGUCUUUUAAUAUCCCAAUGGAGCCCUAAAUCUAGUGAGAGCCUUUUCUCCGUUCAGAAGGAAGACCUAGCCCAACUACCUACCUGAUUAGGUAUCUGUGGCAAGAAGGAACUCUCUCAAACUGUAUUUCAAACACUUGAUGAUAUUUCAAUACAGCCCAUAAUCGGGGCGCUUCCAGAUGACCUGUUUGUUGAGCAUUCCUCCUGAUUUGUUUGUAGAGCCAUUUGAUGAUGUUGCACCAAAGCAAGUAUUAACCUACACAGCAUUUCUCCAUCAAAAAGUCCAGUUUGUUGCUCAAGAUCUCCCAGUGAACUAUAAUUGUGCAACCUGAAAUUGCUAGCCCAUGAGUGAAUACCACCCCAAAACCAGCCACAGUCUGGAAGCACCCCUUAGACUCAAAAGUCUGGAACGCAUUUCACAGGCAUUCUUGCGAUUGUUCCCUUAUGACAGUUCCUACAGCAAGAGGGAGCCGCCAUUUCUCUCACUUUCUCAACCCUGACGAAAGGAGACAAAGGUACUUACCCAUUUAUAAUGAGGCAAACCGAAUCCAGGGACACUUUUCUACUCAUUCUUGAGCUUGGGAAUGUAGCGUAGCGAUGUCCGCACAUUCAGCACAUGGCCUCCAAUGGGCUGGGAUAAGUAUUCCCGGGAAGAACCUCCCACAGUAGUUGCCAAAGCAAGAUUGCGGAGAUAAUGAUGACAAACAAGUACUACAGUUAUCUUUAAAAAUGAAACGGGCAAGCAUUUGUCACACGUAACUCUGUUACAAAGACAAUGAGACAUGUGUUUAAAUAGUAUGCCCUACUUUGAUAGAUGAGAUCAAGGAGAGUUUGAAAGAAGCCACUCUAGGCUCCAGGGAAUCCCAUCCUUGGCAGAGGUGAGGAGGCAGGAGACACAAAAGCAAGCAUUUUCUGUGGCAGCACCCCAUUUUCAGGGAACAUGUGGAUUUGCCCCCACAGCUGAGUCAUUGAAAUGACAUUGAAGACUUCUUUUUAAACUCAAGCCCUUAAGUUGACAAUAGAACCAGCGCUGUGGUCUAAACCACUGAGCCUCUUGGGCUUGCCGAUCGUAAGGUCAGCGGUUCGAAUCCCCGCGAUGGAGUGAGCUCCUGUUGCUCUGUCCCAGCUCCUGCCAACCUAGCAGUUCGAAAGCACACCGGUGAAAGUAGAUAAAUAGGUACCGCUGUGGCUGGAAGGUAAAUGGCGUUUCUGUGCGCUCUGGUUUCCGUCACGGUGAUCUGUUGCGCCAGAAGCGGUUUAGUCAUGCUGGCCACAUAACCCGGAAAGCUGUCUGUGGACAAAUGCCAGCUCCCUUGGCCUGAAAGCAAGAUGAGCGCAGCAACCCCAUAGUCACCUUUGACUGGACUUAACUGACCAGGGGUCCUUUACCUUUACUUUUACCUUUGUUCUAUUAAAUAAUUGUUAUGAUCUGAACUAUUUUAAAGGUUGUACACAAUCACAUCGUUGCAAGGCAUCCUGUGUCCUUAAGGGGGGAUGAGUGGGGUAAAAAACUUACAAAUAAAGAAAAAUAAAACCACUUACAGAAAUGGUUCAAAAAUAUUUUAGGUCCAUCCCAGGCUAAGAAGGAUUUUUUAGUAUGUGAAGAUGCCCUGUCUGAAUCAGUCCAUUAUGCCCAGUAUCAGUGAUAGUGACUCUCUGUGGUUGUGACAUUCUUAAGUGGAGCUGCUUUAUAUCACUUGGAGAAUUGCGAUAAUUAUUAGUACUACUUUUUAUGCAGAACAAUGAAAUGCUUGAAGUGACCCUAAGAAUAGAUACAGUAUGGUGCUUGUGGUUAGGUGAAAGAGAAAACGGGAUUACAGAAUACUACCAGCAAUUGUUAGACUCUCAACAGUGGAAGCUCUGAAUAGGUUGAGUGAGCGCAUCUCAUGAUGAGUUUGGGUUUCAUCCUGCCUCACGGGAGACAAACCUCUGAAGCCCUGAUCCCAAAGAUUCAAUGAUCCUAAAAAUUAAGGCAAAUCAGCUGAAGGGUAAUAAUACAAAGUAAAAGGGAGGAGGGACUUGAGUGCCAGCUGCUGUGAGGGCAAUUUCAACACUCAUAAUGGUUCCCUGCCCCCUCUUCGCUGUUAAAACUCCAACUUCGGAAUUCUGCCAUCCCACCAGGGGGAAAGAAAGCCUCAGACUAUGAGAAAGGGAUCUGAAUAUCCAGAGGCGAAAGCAGGCGGAAUUAAUGAUAGAAUAAUAUUCCAAGGGCUGUUUAAUUAAACCACUUUUGUUAAUAAUGCAGUGCAGAGGAUCUGUGUUAUGUAAUUAAAGAUAGUACAUUGGUAAAUGAUAACUAUGCAAAUCCAAGUCAUAAAAUUUAAAUGUGAUUGGUGUUAAACUUAAUGCAAGAGGGAACAGAAAGCCAAGUGAAAUGAGAUUCCGAGUUAUUUCUUCCAACUAUAAAUGUUAAUCAAAAUUUAGCAACAGGAUGUGAUGAGUGUUGGUUAAAUAUCAAGUGUUUUAACUAUAAUUUAAAAUAUCAACUUAGUAUUAGUUUGCUUUGGUCACCAUUUUCUUACACAGAGUCAUUGGCUUGCAUGUUCCCUGACAGUUGUCAACAUUUUGCUGGCUACCACAUUUCACGGUAAUUCACUGGCAAUGAAUAGUCUCACCUAUCUAUAUGAGGUUCUUCACUGUGUCUUAAUAUGCUCCUUUUUAAAGCAGUGUGGAAAGACACUGACAAACCGCAUCAGGAGCAACUUUAAAAAUAAAAAAUAAAGGCUCCCAUCUGCACUAUGCACUUAAAGCAGUACACCAGCACUUUAAAAAGUUGUUACUUCUCCCCAGGAUUUAUGGGAAUCGUAGUUUAUUAAGGCUGCUGAGAAUAAUUAGGAGACCCCUACUCCCCUAACAGACCUACAAUUCUCAGAGUUCCCUGUGAAAAGGGAUUGACUGUUAAACCAUUCGGAUUGUUCUUACUAAAAACAUGCCAGUGCUGCUUUUGAGUGUGAGGUUCAAUGGGGGGAAAAUGCAUACACAAAAUGCAUUGAAAAUUCUGCGCUGGUGCAUAGAGGGUAGAGCAAGCUUAUUUUCUCCUGCUCUACAGACCCAAAGUAAUGAAUUCAAGUUGUAAGAAAGGAGAGUUCAACCACCAGGAAGAGCUUUCUCACAGUAGUAGCUGUUGGACAGUGGAACGGGCUCCCUUCGAAGGUUUUACUCUCUCCUUCUUUGGAGAUUUUUAAGCAGAUGUUGGAUGGCCAUCUGUCAUGGAUGCUUUAGUUGAGAUUCCUGGAUUGAAGGGGGUUGGACUAAUGACCUUCGGGACCCUUCCAACCUUACAAUUCUAUGAUUCUGUAAUUCUAUGUUUGCCCUCCUCCUUUCACAAUCAGGGGUCUUCCAAUGAAGCUGAAUGCUGGAAGGUUCAGGACAGACAGAAGGAAGUAGUUCAUGCAGGGUAUGCUCAUGAGAUGUUGGCCACCAACUUGGAGAAUUUGAGGAUUAGGCAAAUUCAGGGAGGAUAAUGCUAUCAAUUGCUAUCAGGAUAUUGCCUCCAGUAUCAAGAGGCAGUAGGGAGAUCAUGAGUGGCAGACUUACUGCUUGUGUGCUUCCCAUAUGGAUGCUGUGAGCAAGGGAGGACUUUGGCAGUCUUUUGUAAUAUGGCGCCCUGUGCGAGGUCAAAAUUUGAUACCCCAAAAUGGAUUUCUCGGUCAUGAAUCUUCUCAAUUUUGGGUCCCCUCGGCUCAGCACCUUGUGUCAGGGAACUGCUGAACUAGAUAGGCCUCCAGGCCGACCUCAAAAAGGGGCAGGGUGGGGGCAGAAUGUGGCAAAGGCAGAAUGAGGGAAUCCUCACUUGUGUGCGUCUUGGUGGUGUGCACAGUGGCCCGGAACAGAACCUCUGUGUAAGUGGGAACUCCCCUGUGUGUACCAGCAGGACUUGUCUUAUGCUAUGACAUAUUCUUAGCUGGCCAUGAACUCUGAAGCAUCUUUUCUUCCAAGACCAGUCAAAACCCAAGUCUGAGAAUCUUCUGGAGGAAGAAAUGAAAUGCAGAAAUGUGCUUUCCCUGAAGGUGGCUGUGAAAGUUUUAAAUCCAGCAGUGAAAGCGAUAAAGAAAGUGCUUGCUGUGUAAACACUCGAAUAUACCCUGGUUCUGCAGAUCAUAAUUGCUGACAACUAUAGCAAACAUAGUCUCAAAGAGGGUUUUCCCUGAGUGCUCGCUAAGCAACUAAGCCAAGGAUGGGGAUUCUCUCACUCGCUAAGUGUUGUGAGACUCCAGCUCCCAUCAGCCCCAGCCAGCAUGGCCAAUGAAUAGGUACGAUGGUAAUUGUAGUCCAACAUUAUCAGGAAGGCCACAGGCUACCAAUUUUUGUGCUAAAUUGUUCUCAUUUUAGCAUGCUGUCGGUUAAUUUCUUUACAUGUUUCUCUUCCUCCACACUUCCUGCUUCAAAUAAAAUCUCAGAGGAACUACAAAUAGCCCCCCCUCCCCAUCUCUUCUGUUCUAAAUACCUGAUUUCCAAUCUGAAACCAAUUACAACAUAUCACCUUUCAGGGAGAUCACCGACUUAUGUGGAAUUGCUAAGAUAAGGUAACCAAAGCUUAAUUGCCUUUACUUAUGAUGAAAGAACGAGUGCUGUCUUGUGGCUAGGAGCGAAGCGAGAGAAUGUGUGUGCAGUAUAAAUUGGAUUUGCAUCUAAGGUUAUCAAAUUGGGAGUAAAAGCCACAAGGACAAAUGAGGAGACUUGAAUUGAGGAC